AUGCUUCUGCUCUCCCUUCUUUUUACCACAAUUUGGUGUGGGACGGCCGACACUUACAACAUAUCUGUUGUCAAUUUCUUCGUAAAGUCGACAACCGACUCAACGCCAUGCGCUGGCCUCGAAAUUCCGAAAAAUACAACUCUCAUCCUAACAGAUUCAGUACCCGUAAGUUGGUUUUCUCUGUAAGCGUACUCGUAUUUAGUUGCAAACUGAACAUCUGCAUGCAGAGCAGGAGGCUAUGGGUGAAUGCAGUGUCCGAAAUGGAACUUUUAUGGACAUCAUGUUAAGCAACAACUAUACCCUGCACAUUCGGUGGACCUUUGAGCAAGAUCCACUCGUCAACGAUCCAGCUGACGGGUACAGCAUGGUUGGUGCAGAACCCGAUCGCCUACACGGAGUCUACAAUUUGAGAGAACUGUCGGUCUGGAAUAACAACACUGAUGAGUUCCUCUACGCCAACAUUUCUGACAAGUCAAGUAAGACCCGAUUGAUUUACCAGAACUCAGUUUUCAAUACUGUCGACAUAGACAUACUUCUGCAGCAAAUAUGUUUCAGUUGGCUGUAAUUUAAGCGCCCAAUGUUGUUUCCUAUAAGGGAUGCACUCAGUCUGCUCUCAUGGUAUGGUCUUUUAAAAACAUUUUCUGGCAGUUGCGAGACACAGCCGUGAGAUUUAAACGUUUGCGUAAGGGGGAGCAUUAAUUUAAAAUAAUAAAGUCAUGAAUUAGAAUUUGAUUGUAUCAUUCUGUUAAAUGAUCUACGAUAAUCUCUUGUAUUAAUUUGUAAAAAAGAGCGCCAAAUACGAAGUGCGCACUUAAUGUUGUAAAAAGGAGUCAAAGGAUGGCAUUCGUAAAUGCCUUGUCUAUUCUCAGAUGUGUUAUCCAAGGGAAUUUCGAACUGCAGAGAAGCAUCUGGCAGGGUAUGCAUCGGAAAUACCGAAGUCUCAGUGACGCAUAAUUAGUUUUUAUGUCUGCAUAAGUGGAUGAGCAUUAAGAAAUCAUUCUCAAUCAAAAAUAUUGCAGGCUUCCAUUAACACUUGUGGACAUGGGGCGCUGAUGAAAUCUCUGCAGGUUCUAAACGGAGGUUAGAUGCCAACCGCAGAAAGCAUCCUUGUUUACUACGAAUACCACUGUUUGUUUCUUUGUUAUUAAUGCACCUGAGUGUAGUGUGAAAGUUGGUGUUCCUAAAUUACAUGCCUUCGAUGUUCGCACACCCUGCGGUGAUAGCGAACAGAGACGGUACCUUUUCCUGCAAAGUCUCAUGUUUUGUAUAUCACGUAUGUCAAAAGCCGGAACGCUUAGAAAACCUCAACAAUUUUUGUAUUGAAAGAAAACUUCUCGACAGGAACAGACACCUAAUGCGUAACGACGCGUGAUGUUUUCGAUCAGUUCAGUUUUUUCCAGUCACCUAUUUGUCUUCAAAGUUAAAGGAGUGAUAAAUAUUCUGCUCAUUGCAGCCUCCAGGAGGAAAUAGAUUUAUCUAGAUCUGACGCAGGCGCCGGGAAACCGAAACUUUUUGUUCCCUUCAAGCAGUCAUACUCUUGACCAACGUGUGCGGUAGUAACUGUGUGUGGAUGGCCCACAGAAUGAACCUUACUGUCUGGUCAAUAGCACCCGUAGACUAAUGUUUACCCUGUCAUUGUUUAUCUCCAAUAACCUAAUUCAGAUUAGCACAUUAAGUUCUUAGGAGAUUGAGAGGCCGAAAAGCCUUGAAAAGUUACACAAAAAAGUUUUCUGUUCUCGGAAAACUCCAUUUUCCCAAUUGAAUUUCGUCGAAUGCCCGUUUUCAACUCAUAGUUAUAUAUUGUAUCAUUGUAAGGCAGGCAUUCCAAGAAGUAGAAUUUGCAGGCAACUUUGCAGAAAACUGCCAGGUAAAUUUUCGACACUGAUUCCCCAGUCAAGCAAUACGAAAUAACGCGCACGGCAGCCGCUCACUGGCGUAAACGCCAAAUGAAUACCGAUUUUUUCAGCUUGUUUGAAAUGUCAAUUGUUUUUCUGCGUACUUACUCAAGUCUGACGACGAACUGGUCAACCAGUGUAGAAACCCUACCUUAUAAAGUUUUCUAUUUUUCCCAAAGAAUGUGUUUGUCUACAAGUAUUGUAUUAUGCAUAAUUAAAUGUACAAAGAGCAUACAUAUGAUGCUGAAAAUGUUUUCAUAGAUCUGAUCUAAUGUAAAGCUGCCGCUUAGUGGCUAGUAGUGUAUGGCGAAAGAAGUUGCGACAAAAAACAAGAGAGACUGAGAUGGACAUUUCUGGCUUAUUAUCCGUCGUCAGCCAGCCCCAACAAAAUCCGGAGUUUUCCGCACCUGCUCCCCGGACCUCCGCCAUUUGGCAAUCGAGCGUUAAGUUCAACGUUCCUAACCAACUAACCGGUGUCCUAUCGGUUGCGGUCAUAGUACUAUUAACUACUUAAAAUGCAUUCGCGAACGGAGUUUUUACGGGACAUGUUACUCCCAUUGAGCCCUGAUGUCCAAUGUACAGCCUUCGCAGGGAGUCGCUUGACGGCCAGAAAUAUAUUAUGAUAAGAGUCUAUCUGUUUCCAGCCGCAAGAUAACCUUCCAGGAUUAGGUUAAUAUCCAUUUUCUCAGCGUCCCACAAUCGACUAACGUCCAGUGACCUGAUGAGAACCAUAUAAAGAGAAUCAUCACCCCGAAGCUUUAGAAAACAGCUUAGCAUUUUAAUUUCCAUCGGAAUUCCCUGCAUAAAACAGGGAAUCUUCACUCGCAGUAAUAACUCACCAAUAUUCCUAAGAGAAACGUUUUUGAAUGGUAGUGAUUUCUCAGCAAUCUUCGCCCUAGAUGAAAUUUUACACGAUCACUCAUAAACCUAGUGUCCUGUGAGGUCAACUUCCCAGCUUAACUUUUCCUUCCGCCUGCAACGCUCUUCUGUGACCCUAAGUGAACUGGAAGACUGGCGGCCAUUUGACGAGACGAAGAAUGUUUACUAAGAAAUGGACGGACAUAACUUGAACAUUUAGUGGAUAAAUUUAAAAAUCGAAAGUGGUGUUUACAUACUUAAUUGAUGGCCUCAAAUUCAUACUUCGCAGCAAUUUUGUUAGAAUCACCCUGCGGUUUUCAACAGAAUGUACAGGAAAUUAUGGUUAAAGAAAAUCCCUUUCGUUGAUUUGUACAGUAUCUCAAAAAACUGCCUAGCAUGGUUAACUGUUGCGAAAUUGGCUUGUCCAAGUAAAUAGUUGAGGAUUAAGCUUGAAAAUAGUGAUACCGCAUUGGUCGCCAAAUCAAAAAUAGUAUUCAGCUGAAGAAAUUUCGUUUUUUUGAAUGAAAUCGGAUAGCCAAUCUGUGGUCUUUUAUGCAAAAUUUCAUAAUUGCGCUACCUUGAAACAGUUGGCAUCUACGGGUCAAAGAUAUUAUUUACACGUUCAUUCAUAUUCAGAUUUCGGAUAUUAUCUUUAAGCCCCGACACAUGUCUAUUCGAUUGUAACCUUUGCAUGGCGUAGCUGCGAGGGUUUCAUCCUAUCAAUAGGUCCUCCAGCCUUUUAGUUGUGUUUUGUGGUUGACACUCCAGCCUUAAAACCUCAACUGUCUUAAAUUAAAUGCUUUGAACGAAAUUGUAGAGAUCCAACCCGAGUGUUGACGUGGAUAUUUUAGUUGAAAUCUGCCAAAUGCCGUGGAAUAUACGCGUAAUAUUCAUGAACCACGAUCAAGCAGUUAACAGUAUACGCAUGUGUCAUCAUUCACCAGAAAUAGGCGAAACACGCAAACUUCUAACUUCCCCAUCACUACUUACGAAUAUUAUGUGUUUAUCCCCUGAAGCUGAGGGAUUUAGGUUCAAAUAUUCAUAUCAAUUUUGGAACUGGGCUUAAAAAGUCUUAUUCCAUAUGACUUACUCAAAGUGAGCUCAUUAAUUUCUAUGUAAGCUAGAAAACUGAGAUUUAUAUACAUAUAUAUAGCAGCGAGGAGGGACGACAGAGAAUGCGGGUAGAUUGAUACAGCACUGUUUCGGGCUUAUUCUGCCUUCAUUCAGCCAAUCAUAACCCUGACCACCAGCAGCUGAGACCCUCCUCGUCCCUCCUCGCUGCUAUUAUGACUUGGCCGACUUCGGCCUGGUAAUUGGUUGCCUGUUCGUGACCUUUGCCACACAUACGGAGCUUGUUUGCUUUGUGAAGCCAAUAGAUCGGUGUGCGUCCAUUCCUGAUUGAUAUAUAUAUAUAUAUAUAUAGUGGUAGGGGGCGCUCACCGAUCGUCUCCCUUGUCUUUGUCGGUAAUGUUAUUCUGCCUAUAUAUAUAUACAUUUUAUGUGAGAGGUGGUUUCCCAUAUUGAAACUGAGGUUCUGCUUCCAUUCUUAUAAAAUUAAGUUUGUUUUGAUGCAAAGAGUCCCUAAAGCCUAGUUUUGGGAUAAUCAAUAUUUCAAAAAUGUUUCCGUCCAGGAGAAGUAUCAUCAAACGGCAUUCACUUGGCGCACAAUCUGAUGAAUAGGGCAAAAAUUCCUUCCCUUAAUCUCGAAUCUUGCUCUCGAGUCUGUCGGGCUGAGUGCGCUCACGUUACCAUACAGCAGAAUGACACCUUUUCUGUGAAUUAGUGCUGGAUCAUUAACAACAGCAACAACAUGGUCCAAACAUUUUACCUGUUGACAAUACAUGUCUGCUGUCACUUUCUGAUGAAUUAUGUCUGACAUACUUAACCAAAGACACAGCAGAACUUUCUUGGAGUAUGGGCCUGCUUUCGGCUUAGGAAUUACUGUCUGUCCCUCCUGAACAGUACACCAUAACACAUUUGGUUUUUCUGCUAAUCCCCCUAUUGUAUGACGAGGAUCUGCCUCAGUGGUUGCGCGCAAGUGCAAUUAUCGGAGAGGUAAAAUUACUGGAUCGGAAUUUUGCAAACCAGCGUUGGCAUUUGCGAACAUUUAAAGCAUACGGAUAACGACCCCAAAAAUUGUUUAAAUGACUGUUUUUUGUUGAUCUCCUUUCGAAAUUCACACAUCAUACAAUAACGAGAGUGACUGCCUCCGAAUUUUAUAUUUUGAAUUUUUUCAGACCAUAUCUAGGAAGCAAAGUACACACCAGAGCAUAAAAAACUGCCCUAAAAGUUUGAAAAUACUCACAAUUCGAGGGUGUCAAACUUAAACACUUAAUAAGUGACAAUGAAAUUAGGAUCAGAAAAACGGCAUUACCUUUGCAUGUUGAAAGUGCGUUCAGCAAUCGGGUUACUGUACAUGCUUGUCCCGUUUUGUUUCGUCCAAAGCCCAAUAAUCAGCUUCACAACGAACGUUAGUGUAGGUAGAAGGAGAUUACCGAUAAAGACAGAGGUGACUGGGAUGAUCGCAUAUGACUUAUCGGCCGUCACCAACCUGGCUUACUUACAGUGAGUGACCUAUUUCAUGAAAUGUUGGCUGAAAUUCUGAAAUGCGUUUUCGAUUAGGAAGGAUUACUUGGUCGCGGUUGUAAAACAGACUAUCUUGCGGCAUACUCUUAUGACAUUUCGGACUCAGCAGGAUGUCGGCUUUUAAAUGCAUUUUUUUUCAAUCUCCUGUAGAAAGCGCGCUCUGUAAAAAAUGACUACUUAAAUAGCAUGCACUUUUUCGAUUGAUUUUCGAUGGCUCUUGCAAAUUCUAAUAUAUUUUAUAGAAACCAUAAAUAAAAAUACGCUUUCUUUUAGUCAAUCAAUAGGCAAUCACGUCUUCUUUAUAUUUUUGUCUUAAGGAAGGAGUAUAAUUAGGUGUUAAAAACAUUUCUUAUUAUGGGACUUUUUAAGUCCGCGAAAUGUCAAUUCACACAGCAUCGUACCUGGCCGUUUACCAAUGCUUUUCAUGAAAUGAACAACAUGGUCCGCAUCCAUUGCAAACUUUUAUGGACUCUGUAUGAUAUCUCUUUAAUGACAUAGAAAAAUAUGGCUUUACGCGGAACGCAUGCACCUUGUAGAGUGAAAUUACUAAGCGCUGAUGCAACGAAUGGUCAGGCUCCAAAUUAUUCGGCAAUUGGAAAACUUUUUUAAAUCCUAAUUAUCCUCCUUCCUUAAGUAUAAAAUAUAAAGAAGACGUGAUUGCCUAUUGACUGAUUAAAAGAAAGCAUAUUUUUAUUCAUGGUUUCUAUAAAAUAUAUUUGAAUUUGCCAGACCAUCGGAAAUCAACGGGAAAAAUGCAUGCUACUUAAGUAGUCAUUUUUUUUACCGAGCGGGCUUUCUACAGGAGAUUGAAAAGAAAUGCAUUUAAAAGCCGACAUCCUGCUGAGUCCGAAAUGUUAUAAGAGUAUGCCGCAAGAUAGUCUGUUUCACAACCGCGACCAAGUAAUCCUUCCUAAUCGAAAACGCAUUUCAGAAUUUCAGCCAACAUUUCAUGAGUUAGGUCACUCACUGUAGACUUAUAUUUGUCGUCUCCGAAUUUCGCAUAUGCGUUCAUUAGUCGUCGGGCAUUGUCAAGUCCAACGACAUUUCAAUUGAGCCACAAGCCCGUUGUCCGUUUCGUUGUGAUCGAUCGCUUGUCGAUCGGGUUACGAGUCUUACUCGCCCCGCGCGCUUUGCGGCAGUCACGCAGCGACUAGCUCUAUAGGCAGCAUGAGAUAACCGACAGAGACAUUGACCUUCUAGAGCUUAAUAACCAAAACGAACAAGAGUUCGAACCUUAAGCGCCCCAUAAACGUGGUGUUAUGUGAGGCUGGCUGGCCGACGACGACGGCGACUAACAAUCCAGAUAAUUUUCAUCUGCAUAUAUGUAUAUACACUAAACCAAAAAAGGGAGCCGAUGCAUAAUCGCACUACCUGACACGCGAUGCAAAUCUGGGCAGUAAAUUUUGAUUGCCGCUGUGUAGCACGCCCAGAAAUCAUAAAUGCGGACGAUAUGCCGGCUUGAAGCUUCGCGGCAGAGCUGAGUGUUUCGGACCCUCUGAAGUGUUGUUCUCCUCUCCUAACUGAUGCCUUUUUAUUGUUUUCUUCUUGCUGGUAUAAUGCGUAUUCGUUCAACUUUAAAUACUUCAUAUUUUUGUAAUUUCAUCAUUUUUUAACAUGUUAACGCUUACCCAAACGCCAUUUUUACAAGAGAAUGUGAUUAAGAAUAGGUUUUUUAUUAGGUAUCACUAGUCCGUUUACAAAACUCAUCUAAGUCAGAUUAGAUAAUGCAGCAGUCAAUUACCGCUUCUGACACAUGAAAAAUUAUCACAGCUACCCGUCCGUACGUACUAUCGUCGAGUUUCCAAUAGUCAGUAUGCACUAAAAUGCCUUUGGGUGGGAACGGUUCACUUAACCGUACAAGCAAAAACUAUUUUAUUGAGCAUUAAAUACCUAAUAUUUAGGGUCAAACGUCAAGUUUACAGUUUUUUUACAUUAAUUGAAUUAUCUCAUGAAUGGCUUGGUUUCGGCCGCCUGCAAAAACCGCACCCAAUAAAGACGACUACUUAGAUGGUACGAAUUUUCCAAAAGAUUUCCGAUGCGCUAAGAUAUGCAAACAUUUUUUUGUAGAUAAUGUACAAAAAGGUUUUUUGUUACUUGUUUGGUUGAAAAUCAUGUUUCUGUCAACUUAUAAACUCCCACCAAGACUAGCUCUCCAUUUUAUAUUAUUUACAAUUCUGGAAAAAUCUGGGAUCAGAUCUGCCGUUUUAUUUGCAUUCAGUGAUUAUAAAAUACACGCUGCGAACUUCUCAUGCAUCGAAAACCAUAAACCUCUCUAUUUCAUUAAAGAAUAAAAGAUGUGACCGAUUAAAUUUUGGUAUAGAUUUGGCACAGUGCUAUCUAAGUGGACAUAUCGCGGGCUUAAAUAACCUUAUAAUCACAAAAACUUUCAAAAAUCCAAAAAAUACAGUUUAUUCAUAUGCACAGUUUGAUGACGAUUUGUUGCGCUACCAAAGUAGCACCAGAAGGAAAACUCUUUGUUUGCGCCUUCUACAAAAAGUUUUUGAACUUCAAGGACGUUAAUAAAAGGUCGUACUUCUACAGGCUGCCAAAAAAACCCACGUAUAUGCCGAAAUUUCAGCGUGACUAAAAUAUUUUUAGAUUGUACCACACGAUAUGUAGUCCUAGAAUCCUGCUUAUGUGCUUCCUACAAAUCAAAAAGAACUGUUAGUUUGGCGUUUGACCCUAAAUGUUAGGUAUUUAAUGCUUAGUUGAGAAGAUUCGCUCGUGCACUUCAGUAGAACUUUCCCUCUAGACUGUCAUUUAGGGCAUUUUUAAUUAUAGGAGACUGGAAGGUAGUACUUCUGCAUGGAUUUAAAGGAGUAGUUAUUUCAUGUAUCUAAAGGGAAUAAUUAAACUUUGGAUUAUGUAGCCUGACCUAAUACGCAAUUAUGCGAAUUUUAAAAACGGACUGGUAAUGCGUUUCUUGGUUCUGAAAGUGUCUUUGAAGUUAACAUAGUUAAUUACAAAACCAACGUACAUAUGUGUCGAAAUGAAAAAAAUUAUUAAUUGGCAAGAGCUUCGAAUUGUCCAAACCUCAGUAAAUAUCCAAUAUGACACUAAAAAUAGCACUAUAAGAAGAAUGCCAGGUAGAAGAAUAAGACAGCCAGAAAUGCAAAUCUUGUGGGAUAGCUCUCCCUAGUCUCGUUCUUCAGGUGGGGCAGAUGUCUUGCUUGUUGGUGUUCGGAGAGGUCAUCCGGGCGGAAAGGAGACAUCGAGGCAUAUAUCUCCAUCAUCCACAGUACAUUUCAUUUUAGAUUCCUAGGGAAUUGUUUUUCUGUCCUGUUUUUUUCUAUGCAAAAAGCCCAGAAAUAUUUACUCAAGUUCUUGCAGUAGCAGCGAAUGCAGCCGUUUUUAAAAAAACGUCCAUUUGCUCACCAACGUGCUAAACGUUUUAGAAAGAGCAUCUCAUAUGGGCGAGUCUACCGACAAACACGAUUUCUUACAUAAAUGACAGAGCAAAAUGCAGGCAACCUAUGCAUUUCGCGAAAGCAUAAAAGGCACUUGCACUUUAAAAACGCGUUUUUUGGACGAUUUCUCUAGUCUGCAGCACGAUAUGCGUGGAAUUGUUUCAGGAAGCGUUUGGCAAUCACACUGCGUCGAACUUAAACUAUUUAAAAUAGAGGUAGGCCAAUCCAAAGGCGAAGUCAAACCGUUGUGUGUCAAAAACUAGAAAUAUCCAUAAUUCUUCGCCCUUACAACACACGAAUGGUGAAGUAAUGGGUCACUUCGAACAAACAGGAUAAGGGUGCAUCAGAAUACGUAUCUGCAUGCCACCACUAAAACAGAAGACAUUCUUCGGCAAUCACUGCCCGAAGGUGGGCUAUUUUCUUCCUUCAAAAACCAUUUGAAGUCUCCAAAUCCUUCUUUGAGAUUCCACUGCUUUUGAUGUUGGACUGUAGGCCAGGCCAAUAUUUCACUUCGGCCUACUUAUGAUGUGUUGUCGUCUUCGUUUUGCAGUACAAAGUGCAAAAUGCUUCUUUUUAUUAAAACUUGUAAUAUAUUGCUGAUUUUAUGGGGAUACCACGAUGUCCGUGCUAUGCAGCCUUGGUUUGAUACAGUCGGUUGCAUUCGUCUACAGAUGGUUCUCAAACUCACCUCCCAGUAAACCAUUAUUUCGUGAAGUUUUUUUUUGAUUACGAGUGUUACCGAAUUGUCUUAAAAAUCCUGGACGGUAGGCAUAAACGCUUGUUUUCGAACACUCUGUUUUGUCUAAUCACAGAAUUUGCGCAAUUGCCACACGUUUUCGGAAUAUGAUCAGUUUUUUUGAAUCCCAUGAAUAGUUUAACCGUGCAUGCGUCAUUUUUCAGUCGAAGAGGUCUUACAAUAGUCUACUAACAACUGCCUUAUUGCACGCUGACAUUGUGCAGUGAGUCUUUUUAGCUAAAUAAUAACUGCAUGUUAUUAUCAAACAAACAAUGGCGAUUUUUUCGUCCCCGUAGGCUUCUGCGGGCUUGGUUUUUUGGGUAAGAGCUUUACAAUCUGAACAGCAUACAUGAAGAUAAAACUGCCUGAAAGUAUACUACGGUCAAAAUAACCACUCCAUUGGUAUAGUGUGUGCCGAAAUUCGAAAAGAUUGACGGAAAACUUGCGAUGAGCUUUCAAACAGAAAAUUUUACUUGAACGAGCAGUCAACACUCAUUAACAAGGCAUACGCCCUCAAGUCCAUUCUCACAUGACAGAAUUUUGGCCAUGAGUGAACCUCCUUUCAGACGCCCACGCAACUUGUAGUCAGGACGCAUUCCCUACCUAAAUGAUGCGUUUCUCAGUCCGACUUUUUAUGCAUGGAUAGAUUAAAUCUAUGCCCAUAGAUAUUGAAAAAAGAUUUCUAAAGCCUGUUUUAUAAGAAUUUGCAUUAUGCCGUUAGAUUUGUGCCGAAACAUAAGCUUGAAAGAAGCGUAGAUUUGGUGGGCUGAAUCAUGAAAUGUCAACCGAAAUUCCGAAAUGUAUUUCGUUUCGAAAAGAAUAAUUAAGGAGGAUUGUAAAAUUCAUCAUCGUACAGCAUUAUUCAAUAAUAAUUCAGUUACCUAAGGAUGUCGGCUCUCGAACGAAAUUCUUUUCGGUUGCAUGCAGAAACUAUACCUUGUAAAAAUGAUUACUUAAUUAGCAUGUAUUUUUCUCAUUACUUUUCGAUGCCCUUAAAAUUUCAAUCCUGCUUCAUAGAGAGCAUGCAUAGAAAUAUUCAUUCUUUUGCUCAUUCGGUAGAAAAUUACGUUUUCUUCCAAUUUUGUACUCGAAUGGAGGGUAUAAUUCGGUUCUCAAAUCUUUUCUAAUUGCCGAAUAAUUUGAACCUGACUUGCCGUUACGCCUGCAUUAAGGGCUUUCAAACUACAGGCCGUAUAUUUUCCGUGUGCGAAAAACCAUAUGUUUCUCUGCGGUAUUAAGAGCAGAUCAUAUGGCGUUCAUAAAAUUUAACAGUGGAUUUGAGGCAUAAUGGUCACUUUACAAGCCACAUUGGUAAAUGCAGAGACAUGACGUUUUAAGUGCGGCCAUUUCGCGGUAUUAAAAAAUCUCAAAAUUAGAAACUUUCAAAACCCAAUUGUACCCCUCCUUCGAGUGUAAAAUUUGAAGAAGACGUAAUUGCCUACCGAAUAAGCAAAAAAAUGGAUAUUUCCAUGCAUGUUUUCUAUGAAAUAUGAUUGAAGUUUUAAGGGCAUCGAAAAGUAAUGAAAAAAAUACAUGCUACCUAAGUAAUAAUUUUCUACAAAGUAUAGUUUCUGCCUGCUGCUGGAAAGAAGUUCGUUGGAAAGCGGGCAUCCUGAGAUAAUUGAAUUAUUAUAGAAUUACGCUGCACGAUGAUUAGUUUUACAACCCUACUUAAUUAAUCUUUUCGAAAGGAAAACACAUUUCGGAAUUUCGGUUGGCAUUUCAUAAUUUAGUCCACAUACUGUAUGUUUAAGGGAAAGGUCAACUACCUUAUCCUGAGACAGUAAAAACCAAGAGGCAUAGCCUCAGGCUAACAAAAGUAGAAAAUUGCUAAAUGCAAAUUGUAAUUUCCAGUUUUACUGUAAAAACUAUCUUUUGUUCCAAUUCGAAGAUUUCUUAUUACCUGGGGAUGGAGACAAGCCUUACUAACACAGGUGACCUUAAGUGAAAUUUCAGGAGGGAUAACCACUUCCGUGUAAUGAACCUGACACUAUCUUUAACCACUAACACAAACUCUAACUUUAAACCAAACUUUGAUGCUAACCGUAAUUCCCCUCGAAAUUAGCGCCAGGCCCCCGGAAGUAGGACUUCAUAUCCUAGUGUCUUACAGACAAUUUUAACUGAGCAUAGGUGGUAAUGGGAUCCACUAAUGUCAAAUCGUCUUUUUAUCGAAACGGAAAAUAUAUGCUCCCUUUCAUUAAGCAUACUGCUAAACACGCCGGCACCUGUAACCUUACCGUUCUGAAUCAUCGAAUAUUUUCAUUAGGAGAUCAUUUUUCAUUUUGGAGCCUCUUGAACUCGAGGCCUGUAACGCGGGAUACAAGGUUUCAUGGUUCGUUUGUCAAGGCAGGAUUCUGCCGUACUUCAUAAACUUUAUGAGCCCUUUAUCCAAAUUAACACUGAGAUGUGUACGAAUUAGGCUCUAUUGAUUCUCAUAACAAGCCAGUAAAUCGGAGCUUUCGAUAAAUAUACCGCUGAGUGAAGUUUUAGUCCAAACGCAUCCAAUAUUUUACUCUAACGAGUUGACUUUGCCAGUUAAUUGUCAUGCAGUCAGCCAAUUUAAGGGUAGUAUUCCGUGUAGGUUAUUACAGAGUGCGUCUUAAUGUACUCAUAGAUGACCCAUUGGUAAAGGCGUAUAAACUUGUCUGAUUUCUUGCUUCAUAAUUACAAUAAUCGAGUGCCAACGUCACUUUGCCCCGCCUAUGGUUCUGGCCGCUUCUAAUGUAUUUCGGCGUCGGUUUUAGACUAACCAUAUGCAUUGCAUAACAGCUCCUUUUAUGUAGUAAUACAAAUAGCAGUUUUUUUGCUACAUUUGUUCCAUUUGAUGUCUUUCCUAUGCCCACAUCUGAAAUAACCCCAGCUCCUUGCAUGUGUAAUUCACUGAUUUGCAUUAUGCCGUAAUAUACGCUUGAAAGAGGCGGACAUUCCAAUUGUAAAAAAAUGUCGUGUGACUAUAACUGGAAAAACAUCCUACGCUUUAGCCUUCCGCCACGAUUCUCUGACUAUAUUCCGCGAAUUAUCUCCAAAACUCCGUUUAGAAAAUGACACAGUAGAUAGGAAUCAUACUGCGCACAUUGUGAGCCACCGCAGUAGCAGAAUUGUAAACUAUACUAGCAAUCACGCGAUAGACAGGGCUGUAUGAUGGGAGAUAGAAUAAUCAUAAAAGUCCCAUGGAGUCGUGCUGGUGCUUAUGUUUAGACGAGAGUAGACACCUAUCUCUACAGAGCUCGAACUGAACGGUUUUGCGGUGAAAGUGUCCAGAUUUUGCAAUAAUGAUUUCAGUUCAGUUAUUUAGCACAUCAUCAGAGGCAGAGUAAAACAGACGCGCACAAGGAGAUUGCGUAACUUCUGAAAUGCAGUCGGUACUCAUAAAGCGUUUGAAAUUAGAUCUCGAAUUGUAAAUUUUCGUUGUAUGCGUGUUCCCAAAAGAACAAUCUAAUAAUUCUUUUUGAACUGCUCAGUUUGGAUGUCGCGUUAUUUACAGAUUUUGAAUAAAUCUGUAGGACGUGCCAGGUCUUACAUAGGGGUCCAAAGAUUGCACUGUGCGCGUCUUUGAUUAAAAGUUUUUGUGGUUGGAUUAUUUUCGUGCGAAAUCAGUUGGAUUUGGAGAGAACGUCUUUGUUUGGGAUCAGAAACCUUUCGAAAAGAAAGGAUUUGUAAAUCGGCAGAAUAAGUUACUCAUUUGUAAAUAUAUUUUAAAACAUCAAUUAAUUACAUACGAACACUAAUGAGUAGAGAUAAAACUUCAUGCAAGCAGGGACCGUUUUCCACGUAGGAUCUUCAAAAUGACCGGGAGGAUUCACUUAGGGUCGUCAGCAUCCAGUCGUAUAUUACGUAAUCUAAAACAGCAUUCGACGAUUUUUACGCAAUGUGCAACGUGUCUUCGUAAAUGUCGACUAUAAUGGACAUACACCUUCCUUCGCCGUUUUUAAUAGAUCAGGUCAGAAAUCGUCCCUCGUUUGUUUGCGCGUUUGCUAGAACAUUUGACGCCUGGAAUGUCGUGGAUCUGCCCAAACGCUUGUUAUUGCACGAAAAUAACUGCCCAUCCAGAAGUUUGGUAUCAGGCGUGCUCGACUGUGUAUUUUUUGCCACAUUUUCAUGCAAAGCGAGCCCACAACAUUGCCGAUCUGCUAGUUGGCGUUCAGUAGGUGAACCCGUUCGCGAGGAAGGAAUAUCUUGAUGAACACCUUUCAACCGGAUUCCACGGUUUCACAAUGCGAUUCGCUCAGUUACCAGCUUCGCAAAUAGCUUUUCGAAAUCCGACAUUGGACAGUACGCACAUCAAAUCAGGUGUUUUUACACGCUUUUGUCGUGUGUUCAUUUAACCAGCGUCCGCUGUCAAGACCACCGUCUGAGGACAAACAAGACUUUCAAGUGUACUUCUCUCCCAAAAACGUCACUACUCUUCCACCACGCUAGUUUGAGACCCGGCCACAAGAUUUAUUGGUCAUUUAUACACCCAGUAAACAGGCUAACUCAUGAAAUCUCAACCGAAAUUCCGAAAUGCGCUUUUGUUUCGAAAAGACUAAUUAGGUAGGGUUAAAAACUAAACAUUGUACAGCACAGUUUUAUAAUAAUUCGGUUAUCUAAAGAUGUCGACUUUCCAACGAACUUUUUUUCGGCUGCAUGCAGAAACUAUACUCUGCACAAAAUGACUACUUGAGGAGCAUGUAUUCUUUUCACUAAUUUUCAAUGCCCCUAAGCAUUCAGUGAUACUUCAGGGAAAGGAUGCAUAAGAAUCUUCACUCUUAUAUUCAUUCGGCAGAAAGUUACGUCUCCUUCCAAUUUUAUACUCGAAGGAAGGGUAUAAUUCAGAUUUAAAGUGUCUUAUUGUGAGAUUUUUUGAUACCGUGAAAUGCCCGUUUAUAAAACGCCAUGUCUCUGCAUUUACCAAUGUAACUCGUAAAUUUAACAAUGUUGCUUAAAUUCACUGCUAAAUUUUAUGAACGCCAUAUGAUCUGCUCUUAAUACCGUAGAGAAAUAUAUGGUUUUUCGUACACGGAAUAUAUACGGCAUGUAGUUUGGAAGCCCUGAAUGCAGGUGCAACGGCAAGUCGGGUUCAAAAUUAUUCGGCAAUUAGAAAAGAUCUGAAAACAGAAUUAUACCCUCCAUUCGAGUAGAAAAUCGGAAGAAGACGUAUUUGUCUCCCGAAUAAGCGCAAGAGUGAAUAUGCUUUCGCAUAUUUUCCAUAAGAUAUAAUUGAAUUUGUUAGGGCAUCGAAAAUCAAUGGGAAAAAUUCAUGUCAUUUUGAGUAGACAUUUUUUACAAAGUAUGGUUUUGCAUGCAGGCGAAAUGAAGUUCGUUUGAAAGCUGACAUCUUUAGAUAACUGAAUUAUUAUAGAAUUAUACCGCACAAUGUUUAGUUUUUAACCCUACCUGGUUAGUCCUUUCGAAACGAAUACGCAUUUCGGACUUUCAGUUGACGUUUUAUUAGUUAGCCCACCUACUGUAGGAACAUGUCAUUUAUGAUUAAAAUGCCCAUUGUCAUCAACAGCGACCGGAGUGAUAAUUCAUCAGCAGCGAUCAACUUUUACUUUCAGUCGAAAUUCUAAAACGUGCUUUUGGUUAAAAAAUACUUUUCAAGUUGGGGUUGUAACAUUGCGUGUCGUGCUGCAUAAUCUCAAACCAUGACAGUAAAACCAGAAGGCCAGCCUUUGAAUGCACGUUUCGCCGGCCGCCUAAAAGACCGCACUUGGUAAACUGCCUGCUUAGGCAGUGUGAAAGGGCUCCAUUGAUUUUCGACGCCCAUAUAAAUCCAGACAUAGUUUACAGAAUACAUGCAAAAAGUGAUAUUUCUUGCAUUAAUUCCGUGAUAGGUGUCAGCCUCAAAGUAUCUUUCGGAAGAGAAAAUAUCUCUUAGUUUUUGAAAAAUCCAUUUUUCAAAAGAGUUUGCUCCGAAAUUGGCGAUUUGUGUAUAACAUUGAUUUUCAAAGUAGCACAUGGACACCAUGAUUUAAAAAUAAUCAUACAUUCUUCUAUGAUAAUAAGAUGGUGCCAUUUAGCGCAUAUUUAAUUGUACAGUAGCGCGGACCGGACAUUAGUAAACGGGCAGCCGCGAUGCUACCCGGUCAGAAAAUCCCACAGUCUCGAAAAUUUUGUAAUAUGGAGUAUUUUUAAAACCAAGUUCGUUGUUUCUUCGAAAGGAAAUUUUGAAAAACCGUAAUUUAUUAAAUAAAUGGUGCAAAAGUGCUUGCAUUUGAUUUUCAUGAAAUGUUUCUCUAGUUAAAAAACUUCGAAAAUUAAAGCGAGAAUUUGUACUUCUUAAAAAUUGUACUCAGCAUACAUAAGUACUGCAAGCGUCCAGCAAAACGAGCAUGUCAAACCGUCACUUUCGUAUGAAUAACAUAUUUUGCGACCAUAGUGCAUAAUGCCAAAUUUUACAAACCAACUGAACCAAUCCUUUCGGAAUUCCGUUAAUGUAUCAUGAGAAGCGAACCUGCCGUAAACUUUAUUUUCCGCCUGCUCUCUGAUAACUGGAUACUGCCACGUAUUACGUGUACUAGCAGUUUCAAGACCUUAGCUUCAAUAUGAGUGGCUUAUGAUGGUUACUGAGGUGGAAAUGGCUUUGUCGCUGCCGGUACUAUUAUUCUGCUGUUAUUGUUAGCCGUUGUGCAGCUUCUGGUUGGGCGCGAUAUUGACCUCCAGGUCACGGCGGGACGAGCGUCUUGCAGAGUGAUCGAUUAGCACCCCGCUUCCAGCAUUAAUGUGUCCGAUAACAACCAACAACACAACGGGCCUUUAACUUAAUGCUUAGGGUGUUGAUCUUCUAAUAAACUGGUCGCAGAAUCGAGACUCAAGGGCUGCCAAAUCUGGGGUUGGGUAUGGCUGGAUGAUGGCGGAUAAUAAGUCAGAAAUUGGCAUUCCAGUCCCCUUGUCUUUGUCGACACCACCCUAUCUACCUAUACUACUAUUCAAUGUGCGACUAUUUUGGAGGACUCUAAUUUGAGCUCCAAGGUACACCGGGUCAGCGUAUUUCGCAACCCGAUUGGUAAGUGCUCAUCUACCUCAAUUAGUAUUUCCGAUUACAACCGGAAAGACAGCGGGCCCCUGGCCCAAUGGUAGAGUGACUCACUCAAUGAACAAAUAUCCCGAGUUAGAAUUUCGGGUGAUCCAAUAAGGAAGUUGUUGUUCUGAUCAGCAUUAGUCGAACGUCUAACCAUCAGUCUAAUUGCCAGGAAUACAUCCACUACAACAUCGAAGUUUAAACAUUUUUCUUGAAAACUGACUAGUUUAUGGCAGAUGAUUAAACUUAAUGUCCAGUUGUAUUCCGUUUUCGCGGGCAUACUCUUACAGCUGUCUGCGAUACCAGGGGAAUGGUAUCCUGGUAAUCAUAAGAGGUUUAAAGUCUCACUCAAACUUAGUGUUGGCUGCUAAAACAAAUCCAUAACUUAUUUAAGUUCGCAGAUUAUAAUACGUAACCUAGGCCAAACCCUAAGGUAUAACGAGACGAGCUUUUCACGUAAUCUGGUUGUAAAUCAAUGUUUUCAUCCGCAGUUGAUAGCACAGCAGACCUGUGUCUCAAUGGACGGGGCGUUGGACUAAUUAACUCUAAAUAACCAAAGAAACCAACGCAAAUCCUUGGUCUUGCGAAGGCGGGGUUGGGUAGGGCUGGCAGACAGCAGCGAUUAAACCAGAAAUGGCAAUCCCGGGCCCCUUAGUCUUUGUCAGAACUUCAUUCAGUGCAUAUGUCUGGUCACCACGCGACUGCCUGCGAGGAGUGUACAUUUAAUCUCAAGACAGCAGGUCCUGUAACUACAUCAGUGAGCGCACUGUCAGGAUAUUCGCGGUCGCAACGGAGCCCUAGCUCGACUUUUGAGAAUCUUUAAGAACGUACAGUAGAUGUGUUAACUCGUGAAAUAUCAACCAAAAUUUCGAAAUGCGUUCUCGUUUCGAAAAGAUAAAUUAAGUAGUGUUGUAAAACUAAUCAUGACGUAGAAUAAAUAUAUAAUGAUUCAGUUACCUCAGUGUGUCGGCUUUCGAAAAAAACUUAUUUUCGGUUGCAUACAAGAUUUAUACUCUGCAAAAAAUGACUAUUUAUAUAGCAUGCAAUUUUCUCAUUGAUUUUCGAUGACCUUGAAAAUUCAAUUUUAUUUCAUGGAAAGCAUGCAUAAAAAUAUUCAUUCGUUUACUUUCUCGGUAGAAAAUCACGUCUUCUUCCAAUUUCAUACUCAACAGAAGAGUAUAAUUCGGUUUAAAAAAAACCUUUUCUAAUUCCCGAAUAAUUUUGAACCCGACCUGCUGUUACACUUCCAUUCAGGGUUUCAAAACUACAAGCUGUAUAUUUUCCGUGUACAGAAAACUAUGCAUUUCUCUACGGUGUUAAGGGGAGACCAUAUGAGGUUCAUAAAAGUAAGCAGUGGGUUUGAGCAAUAUUGUUACCUUUACAAGCCACAUUCGUAAAUGCAGAUACAUGACGUUUCAUGAGCGGCUUUUUAAAGGUAUUAAAAAUCUCACAAUUGGAAAUUUUUUUAAAACCGAAUUAUACUCUUCUUUUGAGUAUGAAAUUGGAAGAAGACAUGAUUUUCUAUCGAAUAAUUAAAAGAAUGAAUAUUUUUAUGCAUGUUUUUCAUGAGAUAUAAUUGCAUUUUCAAGGGCAUCGAAAAUCAAUGAUAAAAUUGCAUGCUAAUUAAGUAGUCAUUUUUGCAGAGUAUAGAUCUUGCAUGCAGCCGAAAAUAAGUUCUUUCGAAAGCCGACACUCUGAGGUAACUGGAUCAUUAUAGAUUUAUGCUGCAUUAUGAUUAGGUUUACAACAUUACCUAAUUUAUCUUUUCGAAACGAGAACGCAUUUCGAAAUUUUGGUUGAUAUUACAUGAGUUAGCACAUCUACUGUAAAUGGCCAUGUGACCGUUAUGCCUCGAAACAUGCCUGUAAGAGGAAGGAUUCUGCAACGCCUUCAAGCAAAACUUUAAUGAGCCCUAAAUUGGCAAAAAAUCUGCACUACGUGUGCGACUGGUCGGAGCCUGGCGAAGGUGGGCGAGUUGACCGCCCACGUUGCUGAGGUUGUGCGCUCUCACCAAGGUGGGGUUGUCCACCUCUCGAAGUCCCGCCUCGGGUGAGAACGCGGACGCAAACCGAUGCAGGCUGCAGCAGCCGCCCUGAUCCUGUCCGACGCACUCGUCCGUCUCUAAAGUUUAAAAACCAAAAAGCCAGACGCAACUUGGAAGUACUCCAGUUGUCUGCCUAGUUGUCAUCCGUCACGCUGCUUGCCAGUCGUACCUUCACCAUGGCAAAGUUUCUGUGUAAGAGCACAAACUGUUCCGCGGACGACUGCGGCAGGUGCUCUGGGGCCCCAAAAAGCAGACGGAGCUGUAGAGGCGCUGGGCCAAAAAACUGCGGUCAGAUUGUGGCCCGUGGCACGCGGUUGCCAGGCUGUUCUGAGUCUGCGCAUCCCAUAAAUAGUGCCACAGAUCGAGGGAGAAGGGGGGGGGGCGGGUGUUGGAAUGCGUGGGCGCGGCCACUUGCUUUUACUCGUGUCUUCUCACAUGGCCCACACACCGGCUCGGACUGAUGCAUGAGAGUGGGAAGAGAGAUGUGAACCUUAUGGAAUCUUCUCCUGCGGCCAUCUGCUCAGUUCUCAUUGUAAAAAUCCUAACGCGUUGUGAAAUCGCCACGAAGAGCUGAAAAUCGUGGCUUGAAAGGUUGCUAACUGACUGGGUAAUUAAGUUAUUUCAGGACGCAGAGAUAGGCCUGGUGGCCCCUUCUAAAUAUGGCCCUCGUGACAUGCCCAUUUAGGUGGUGUUCAAGCCUCAGCUUUUUCUGAAAAUUCGGUACACUUCGCGGGAACUAGGCAGUGUGUGGCACGUGUUGUCGGACGCUUCAAUUUUGUCAACCACUGAGUCCGUCCCCGAUCGUCACGCCUUAGUCGUGUCACCAUUUUGAACAGGUCUGCUAUCACUAUAAGACUAAGUUACGAGCAAUUCAUCGUCCUGCACUUGCUAGACUAUAGAGCGCUAGGUGGACAUCGUCGCACGUGACGGUAGGACUGUUGCGGUUAUAGUGCGUCGCACCUUGAGCGCACCGUUACAAGCCACAAAGUACACAUCAAAGGAUGAUAGAAGAUAAUUUGGCUUAUGAUACCAUUUGGACAAAUUGCUUUUACCUACAGCUCUGAUGUAGUAAUGCUUGUCGCAUUGGGAUUUUCCCUAUUAAAAUUAAACUGAUUAUCCGCCGCAUAGCCAUCCGUCAAUUGGUCUAAUGAAAUCAUCUGCAUUAUCUGGGUAUUUUCUGACUUACGAUCACAAAUGAGUAUUCUUUUAUCGAUCUCUAUAAAUACAGUUGAUAUUGGACAUAAAGCGUUGCGACCUCUUCUAUAAGAUUACACUUGGUAAGUAUUAUAAACAUGCGCCUGAAAUUUGAGCAUUAAACUCCACUCCCCUCGUAUUUUAAGUUUUGUGAGACAGAAUCGAAGAUAGCCUCCUCUUCUGAUAGAAGGGUAUGGAUACAGUUUACAAGUUUGUGCUUGCCUCGUUAUGCAUCCAAUUUCUUAGGGGAACAAACUAUGAAACUGUGAAUCACUUCCGUAAUUUUUUGUGGACUCGUAAUAACACCAUUUUGCGUAUCCAGUCAGUGGCCGAUCUCAUUUAAUGUUUACCGAAAUUCUGUAAUAUUUUUAUGGUUGAGACAGACUACCUAAGCUGGGAUAACUAUUUAUUAGUAGUCAGUCUAGUCCCAAUGCGUUCCGGACCCAUCAGACAGCCGCAUAUUUAAUGAUCUUCCAGUUGCCGGCAAAACCCGAGCUUUGCAAAAAUGAUUACUUAAGUAGUCUGCAUUUUUUAUUGAUUUUAGAUGUCAUUAUUAACCCAUUUUUUAUAACAAAAUGCAUAUAAAUAUUGGUCCUCGUCCCCGUUUGAUGGGCAGUCAGGCCACCUUCAGGGUUCAGACUCGUAAAAGGAAUAUCCCUCAGAUUUAAGACUUUUUUCAGUCUCCAAUAAUUUUGAACCCGAUCUGCCGUCGCAUUUACGUUAGGGAUUUCAAGUCGUCAGGCUGUUUACUUCCCAUGUUGCAAAAUAAACAAAUCCCCGGUGCUGGAAGGCAGAUAUUCAUAAGAACCUCUAGACUGCAUAAGAAACGUGGUCUUUUUUGUGUGUUUCAUAAAAGACAUUAAUAUGUGGAUUUAUCUGACUCGACUCAAGUGCUUUUUCACGGUCCAAUCAAACCUCCUAAUUACGGAAUUUUUAAAGUCUAAAAUAUUCUUUCCUGAAAAAUGAACCUUAAAGAACACGCGAUUUUCUACCAAAUUAGAAUAAUGAAUAAUAUUUGUGUGCAUGCUCACUGCAAAAUAUGUUUGAGUUUAUAAGGCAUUAAAAAUUAGUAGAAAAAAUGCACGCUUCUUAAGUAAUUACUUUUUACCUAGUGUGGUUUUUGCAGAUAGUCGAAAAGAAGCGUAUUUUAAGGCCCGCAUCCCGGCGUGCCUGAAUUAAUGACAGCUUUGAAGGCAAACUGAUCGACUAAGAAUCUAUUUCCACCCUGUACUGUUGAUUUUAAUUUCCCUUCAUUGUCAACAAAAUCCACGAGUUAAGACGGACACAUCUGCUAAGUGAAAACUAAUCAUUGCAAUGUGGCGGCUAAUAAAUAAUUUAAGACGGUGGUCAAUUGUUUUCGUUCGAGUAAUAUAGCGUUCUCAGGUUAUUAGAGCCCAAGAGAUAUAAAGGACACUUAAGGGAAUUUUGAACAAUCUUUGCUUCUGCAAUUCCUUAUGCAUUGAACGUUCUACCGCAUCUGUCUUACAGGCAAAUGUACCAGUUUCCAGUUAGCAUAGUUAAUGUUGUUAUUUCCUCAGGCGUUUUUAACCAUGUGUGUACGACAAAACAGUCGAACAGGACAAUAAGGGCCCAUAUACUGCAGGUGGCCUCACAGAAAUAUAUUCAUGUGCUCUAAUCGUAACCCUAAACCUAUCACCAACUGUAACUCCUCCGGAACCUGGGGCAAGACGGCUUCUAAUAAGAGAGCCCAUAUUUCCGUGGCCAACCGAAGAUUGUUUCGAAAAUUCACACAUUUAACUGCACGACAUUUAUUCAUAAGUUUAUUCAAAAAUAUCCCUGAUUAGGUGGAUAAACUGUACGCUAUGGAGAGAAAAUACAAAAGGAAUUGACCUAAAAUGCACUUUUGAUGGAAAUUUCCUGCCAUCCGAUAAGAAAUAACAAACUCUCGUUUUUUUACUCUUAUUUCUUUUCAAUAUUUUGUUAUUUUAGAUUUUGCUGCAAACGCGUUUCUUUGCUUUCCUUUGCCCACACCUUUUGCCAUCCAAAGAGCUUGUAAUUUAGGCCUUUGUGGACUUUAACUUUUUGGUUAUUUUCCUCUGAUCACAGGCUAUUUCUCUGUUUCAGGCGAGACCCCCAAAAAUGUGCUUGUCCGUGCGGGCAAUUACUAUUCGUGUUCCACCGGCUGGGAGAUUUUUCUCCAUGGCAGCAGGAAUGCUACACUGCAUUUGAGUCAGCUGAAAUUCCAGGCCUUUCCGGACAAGGGUGGCGUUAACUUUACUGGGCAUGGUAAUUUCAGUUCUGCUUUUUCGAAUUGGCCUGUGUUGAAUUGUUUUCGUUGACCGCCGAACUGGCCUUUUCGUUACAACCUAAGUGCACGAAUUCGACGAAGGAGGCAUGCCCAAGGACUCGUCUCGAACAGCGCAGUUGAGGCUUGAAUUCUGAUUAAUAUUUUAUGUUGUUAGAUCUAGUAAACCAGUAAUGCCUGUCGGCGAAGGGGAGGUGGGGGGAGCAGGAAACGAGCAGGACUGCAAUAUCGCAAAUGAACGAUGGUUAGACUUGAAGAUAGCGUGUGAUGCCAAAUUUACCAAGCGAACCUGAGGGCGAAAAUUAUGCAUUAAACCACGCUAUAGCGUGCCUACUAGGUCCGAAUUUAUGCACCGUCUGGGGCACACCUCUGAAUAUCUGGUUGGGGAGACAAAAUGUUGCCAACGCAGGGAUACGGAACGCAGAAACGCGCGAAAUUCUAAGCAUUUAUCUUGUCCUAAUAAGAUACAAUUCACUUGCUGCUCCCGUAGACCGAAAAACACUCCUCAUACUCAGGGAUGUUGCUACAAAUGCCUGGAUGACCCAUUUGAGAAUUGGUUACUUUGCAAUGAGAAAUUAACCUGCCCCACAUCGGUCUUCAUACCCCACAUACCAAAAUCUAAAAGUUCUUCCCCGCGACUCUUAAAUUUUUUAAUGAUGAAACGGUAUUGCAUACUUUUAUCGUAACUUGUUGCAGUUUAUAAAUCUCGAAACGGAACCCCAAAGCAACCGGUCAGAGAAGUUUGGAAUUCCCAUAGAUUUGUUGCCGCAUAUUAGUGCUAUCUCCUCUUCAGUCUAUGGGAAGGAGGCAGGGUGACUGAAAAUUUCAUCUCUGCCUUAGUCAUCAUAACCAGUUAGCCACGCGCCAACUUUUGAUCACGUAUAGCUGGCCACUCAUCGGACUCAGGCUCAUGCCCCGAUGACCUUGAUUAGGAGUACAUAGCAUCACGUCAAUGCCGCUCGUCAACUUCACACUAUAUAAAGGUAAAGGGCAACCUUGAACCUAUCCUCCGUUCAGGUCCUACCGGUGAACGUUACUUUUAAUCAACUUGAGACUGAAGAACUUUUCAAGAUGUUCUACUAUUUGUGCCAGUCAAGUUGCAAGGACAAUGAAGUGAAGGUAUGUUCAGUCAUAAAUUACAUGGUCAACUUCUUUAGGAAGUUCGAAGCUUGUGAGUUAUUUGUGCAUUCGUUUAACCGGUUUGACAUGGGACUAAGGGUUUCUGAUACUACAGCUGAUCUCGCGCUAAGUUUCGGGGAGCAGCUGCUUCUGUGUCCUAACUCUAACCAUAACCAAACCCCAAUUCGAACUCUGUCUAUCGCCUGGAAUUUACUGAAAGACCGCCUGUAAUAGCGGUGAUCUCGAACUUGCUACUGUUUUGGGCACUAAAUGCGGCGCGUUAACACCCAGGGUGACUAACUGUGAAAAAUGGACUGAAGUUUAGAGCUGAUAACUGGGAUGGCGCGGAAAGACAUUGUGAAGCUGAGAGACUUAAUCACUAGCCAAAUUUCUCUUCUCUGCAUCAGCCAGUAGCAGGAAACCUAAUAAACACGUGUCCGGAAUCUCGUAUGUUUUGCGUUGGGCCUGAUGGAGUUUCAUAUAGUUUACGUUCUAAUAAUGCGGCCUACUCAUUUUAUAAUCCGUAAUUUCUGUAAUUUUGAUGUCUUGUGGAUCACAGGACGAAGUUGAAACUUGGGGUCUGCUGUCAGACAGGGUAAUACAGUCUAUCUUAGUAUACGUCCAAGCUCGUGAAUUUUGAGCUAAGCUAGACGGCAGGAAAGCCUCUCAAACUGAAAUUGCCUUGUCUUGCGAGUUGGAGACUAGAAAAAAUCGACUGUACAGCACAUCUAUCCGGCGUAAUUGCAGUAGUUCAGAGGUGGGGGGCCGGGGGUGAAUCAGGGAGGCUGGUGACUGUGCCACAUUUUGCGAUGAAUGUAUUCGCCUAUAUUGCGCUUUCUGUUUUCCAUAGGCUGUUUUAAAAAAAUUGAUCAAGUUGAAUUCGAAAUUUUACUACCUGGACUGACACGGUAGUGUCCGGGAAAUGUAUUCCGGAAACGCCUUAUCUCUUUAUAAAACCACUAUGCACUCAUUUAAAACCAGGGCUCUAAAUCAAAGGUUUCAUUUUCAUACAAGAUUGGCUGUUCGAGUCUGAAGCCUAACUUCAAGUGACGACUGGGAGCCUGUUCAUAUCAUUCAAGUGCGGCACAAACUUUCCUAACAUAUAUUCGAGAAUUUCAGUAGUAAUUUGGUCUAACUGGAAAAGCAGUUUAAUGGGGUCUUUCGCUUGCCAGAAAUCAGACAUGCGGUUGCUCCACAGCUUCGAUCAGGAGCAGAGGGAGGAAGCUGGAUCUCUUAGGUUGUCUUAAGUCUGCGAGUCAUAUAUUCAGAUCCCAACCAAAACGGUCGCUUAACUCAAAAGCCGAAUAAUUAUAACUGGGAAAGUGAACGGCAGCUAUGGUGAGAUGACUGACGGCUAUCGGGAUACAGGUUGUCCGAGCAUCUGCUGGCCGCGGUGGGGAAAAGGAGAUUAGAAAAUUCUUUCGACAACUUGGGCAGCUGCGGUCUGAGUCCGGCGCACAACCGCUCGCAGCGAUAACACCGUCAGUCAUGACCGACCACCACUCCGACAAGCUGAUCACCCUCGAAAAAGUCACAAGUGGUGCUGUGUCGGCGCACCGGUUGACCUCCGCGCCUCCCCGCUCUCACUCGGGGAGUCACCUGCAGUUCAAAGCAAGGCGAUACCGUGGACCCCUCCGGUCGCACAUACCCCUGCCCCUCCAGGGCAGUCUGUCCCUAUUACAUGCAAAGCGCCCCUCUCGGAUCACCACACGGGUUUUAGUGAUAACUUAUGCGAAACGUCACGUCACCGGCUAAAAGGAAUGCUCUUAAAAACACAAAAACGGAAUAUUUGCAGCCCCUGCAUAGACAACAUAGCACAGUCUAUGUGUCGAAAAUCAAGCCACCAGAAGCUAGAUAGCGAGAUGCGUUUUACGUGGCGAUAUAACAGCGUCCAUCGCCUGACUAGAGUGGAAGGAAUCUGCCGUUACCAGCGAAUAGACGGCUUCCGACAGUUCAACCGUCGAUUCCGACGAUGCCCACUGUGUGCAACACAGCAAGGUGCAGCAGACCCGGUGUCUUGCGCGCUAAUUAGUUUACAGUGAUAUCAGACUUGCGCAGCAUCUACCGCACUCUCUCUUCCCCACAUCCCGCCUGCAACCGAUGUCAAGAAAAAGCCAAGAAGACCGGAGGCGGGGAAGGGCGAGACGGCUGCCAGGGAGCACUUCAAUGACACCAUAGGUUCUCUUAACCAUAGAAGCCAAGAUUUCGUCACCCAAUUCUCUACCUGUUCAUGUCCUGGGAGCGCAAAUUUAACCGUCCAAAUAGCUUGAUUUCCUUUACAAAAUUUUAGCAGGCCAUGGCGAUGCGGGUGCAUGGAUGUGACUAGCUAGGUAUAAGCAGAUUAUGCUUAGAUGUUUGCGUUCAUCGCAUACAAUUUUUGCAGAAAUGCUUUCGUCGAACUUUCGCUUGUACCCCUCCGUGACAAUGAAAGUCAAACGAUAGAUUGGCUGUCGACCAACCCCAAGUAACGGAGCGGUUAUGUGCUGGAGUUUUUGACUUACGAGAGCUGGCUCCUCAGAAUACAAUGUUUGUGAAGUCGAAGUGAGCAAAUCGUUGUUGAUGAAGAAUACGAAAAUGGAGGGACAUUUUUGAGUUUUGGCAUUUUAGACAGUCAUUAGCACACUGUUCAAUGUUUGCUCGGACAAUUAAUAGAAAUCUAAGUCCUCCAGUCACCUUCCUGAGACAUAAGGAGGCAUUUUUGAUCUAACUAACGUGCAACCUCUGGUUAUCCAACUCAGGUGGACAUGAGAUUCUAACAGUGACUCAGAAACUCCAUAAGGAAAUCCAGAUAGGAAACGAAACGGCAGUCAAAGUAUGGAAGAGCAGGCACCAGAUGCAUACGGUAAUCAAUUUCACCGAAUUUUUAGGAAAUGGCAAGUAUCAGAAAAUGCAAGCGUUAUCUUAAGCAAAGCACGUGCUUAGGAAACAAAUGUCAAAACGCAGAAAGACGUUAAAAUUAAUCAUGAGUUCUACGAAAAUACAGCAUUCUUGACAAAAACACAAAUUCCCAAAAUUAGCACGUAAAUUUGCUGUCCAAGCGAGCCUUUUUGCUUCUCCGACGUUUAAGUGUCCGCCACAAGAAAAUAUGGAAUACAGUAUUACUGCCGACUGACCGUUUGACGAUAAGCGAGAAUUUGCUCAACCAACUGAGAGUUGUUCCAUUCCGUUUCGACUGCUUUGCGUGCAUAUGGUCUUGCCUUCCUUCCUGGGUAGGGAGAUCGCAGGUUGCAGUCUGAGCUACUGGCCACCCACGCGAGAAGUGGGAUAUAAAUGGCAAACCCGGUGACGAAGACAAAUGUCCACUCUACCAACAGGAACGUCAGCCCAUCAAUUUUCCCCAUUAUUUUGGGCGAUUUUGAAGAUCGUUGUUUUUGACGGCGACCUUGUCAUUUCCGUGAACGCUUUGCUGUAUCCGGUGUCCUUGAUUGAUCCUCGUGAGUGGGGCUAUAGGAGCAGUAAGGUUGUGAGACCGGUAGUAAAAACGACUAUUGAUUCAAGCUGCCCCAAGGGACAAAUUUUGUGUCGGUUGAGUACUCGGACAGUAUUUCGUCGACGGUUUAGAAAGGAUACUUCAUAUCAGAGGACGGUUGACUUCUACAAGAACGCCUUGGGUUGUGCGUGCAUUUAUUUAACUAAAAGCGUUGCGUACAAACGAUUGUGAUAUAGAAGGGACGUUUUGCUCAUUUGACAGAAGAAAACUAACAUCCUUUGUUUUCAGAAGAGGAGGGAUCAGGAAGUUUCCUCACAAAUAUUUUAAAUUCAUCCACACCCACCCAGGAGUGUCCUGUUCACGUCUUCAUUUUAAGUCACGUCCUAUUGUUUUAAAUGUGCCAGAUAAUGACCACGCGAUUGUAAAAUAAUUUUAAAGUAACAUACGGACGUGCUGCACCUAGAAGGACUAAAACGCAGCUUACAUAUGCAUGUCAAAAGUCGGAUAUGUUCUUUCGACGCCGAAUCUCCAAGUCGUCAGAUGCAGAAUAGACCAAAUGAUUAAAACUUAUAGGUGUCUUUUCCCAAAGAACACAUUCAAUUUUCCCUUAUAUUUCUUGGGAUGCUUGCUCUCGAAUAUGCAUGCAGUACGUUACCCAACUCAUGAAUGGUGUCUAUAUUUAUGAAUGGCUGUUAGUCACUCGCAAAUCGAAACUAGUACGCGAGCCCAAUAUCUAUGUUAAUAAAUAAGUUCAAGAGAAUUAAAAAUAUAGAAGGCAUAUUAGGGGUAAUGUUACUUCUUUUAGAAAUAUCAAUUUUUCAGAGAAGUGGGAAAUUUAGAAUCUACAAAAAUGGCUCUCGCUGCGUAAUUGCCAGUUUUAUAUGUUUGAAGAAGAAGAAGAAUCGAGCACCGGAACAAUUCGUUUAUUAUCCUGAGCUUUCAGACUCGUACAGGAGUCCAUCGUCAGAGGUAGUGGCAGAAACAGGACAAGCGGCAGUUAUAAGGCACGUAGACCCAAUCAUCGACCGACGUCGCACGACUGGAGGUGACUACGAAGGGCUCUGUACGCCGGCGCCAGAUCGAUAAAUCGAUUGACCGAGUUCUCAUCCGAGGCCCAGGCUUCAAUCAAUUCUCGGCCUGUUUUGUUUCCGGCGUGGGCGACUAUUUUGGUGGCUGCGAAGUCAAACUCGUGACCCAUUUCGUAGGUGUGGGCGGCCACUUGUGACAAUGCGUCGGCUCGCCGCACAGCCAGCUUAUGUUCAUGUAUGCGCGAUCCGAGCAUGCGUCCAGUCUGUCCUGUGUAAUUACAAGGACAAUUUUGACACGGAAUGCGAUACACUACUCCAGAUUGCUCUUCAGGUUUUAUAUGUACACUAAAUAUGUUUGUGCAAGGCACAGCAUAAAUAUAACAGCGCAAAUAGAAUAACCUUUGAAAAUGAUCCUUUAGAGAAAUUCGAGUUAAAAUAUCCUCUGUGCGUGUGCUACUGAUACAAACAACGAGAGGGAUGCGCCGGAACGAAACGAGGACAAGAUUGGCAUACGACACGUGUUAACCAGACGAUGCAGAAGCCACACAUCCAAUAAAAAAUGGCCUACAUGGAAGCGUAUAGUAGCACGCCUAGGUACAGACUGGCGCCGAGCCAUCCACCUCCACCCAAUUCCAGCAUCAGAGUUCUGACCGCUUCAGACUACGGACUACUGCAUGGCAGAGGGAUGAGAGACUGAGGUCGGCACUGAAUACUCCGUCCAAAGAACCCUAAGCGCCCAAAAUCACCGUAAUACAUUUGAAGCGUUUAAAUCUGUCACAAUGCGCCACACUUCGCGGCUUGAAAGGCUGUCAACUGAGGGAGUAAGUCGGUCAUCUUUGCAGGACUUAAAUUCAGCAGCGACGACUCCAUUUUACUGUGGUUUCCCUGACAAUCCCUCGUUUAUAUAAGACCCUGAUCAAUCCUGCUCAAUGCAGGUGUGUGUGACACUCGUAGAACUCAGUGUGACACUUGCAAUAAGCUGGGUAGGAUUUAUGAUGUAAAAGAUUGAAGUUCAGGAAGGCUCAUGGACAAAAAGACAAUCUCUGCUUUUGCUUGGUAGACGCGUACACCAGUUCUGAGGACAUUUUAAUGUGUUCAAGGUCAGUGCUUGAAGGUUUGCUAGAAGUCAAUCGGUUGGCACACGUCACUUCUUAAUUUGACAACCCUCCCAUGUGACAAGUUUAGAGAUCUUUCUGAGCCACCCGUCGUUCCAUCCUUUUUAAAUUCCCUUUUUUGGACAAAGUUGCCAUUCCGUAUUUAUUCUACACAGUUUCAAGCAAGCUCAUCAGGAGAAACGUCGUUCAGGAAUCAACGUUUCGUUAAACAAAAUCCGCAAUUUCAUUACAGACGGUGAGUAUUCUUGGGAGUUGGGAUAGCCUUUAAAAUAUCCUGCGGGUAGAAAUAUGCUUUAAGUUGAACUUCAGAAAAGAUUUGUUGGCCAAGGGAUUACGGAUCCCCCGUAUUACAGGUGUGCUUGUCCUUAAUUUCAGUGUGGGGAUUAAUGUUUGAAUUAUGAGGGUUAGGGGAUCGGAGUUAACCUCAUAAAAGUCAGUGUUAAGGUAGGGAUUAAAGCUAGAACGGGGAAUUAAAUAUCCUCCUGGGAUUUAGAGAGAGGCAGGUGUCUCCGACCGAGAAUUCUUUAAUGCAGUGAAUGCAGCUGCUUUCCCAAUUUGCUACUUUACAUAUACAGGGGGCUUAAAGACUAGAAUGAGAGGAAUCCUUUAUCCUGAUUAGUCGAUUAAAACCCUCGUUAGUUGGCGCAGUCUUUGCCCGUUUCCCCUGUGCUUCUUCUCCACUUUGCUAGUUUGAGUGUACUCCAUGCGUGUAUAGGAUAAUUUCCAGUUGGUUUAUAUGCUUCAAAUAAAAGUGCAUCACCGACGUAUCUGGGCGCCAGUCUGAAGUGUACGAGCAUCAACUGUGAUGCUGUUCACCUCCAAAGAAGUUGGUGGUGGAACUUCUGAGCAUCCGAUGUGUAAUUAGUUGUCCAAAAGUAAAUGAAAUCAGCCGAAGAUGAAACUAUGAGAGGACCAGGGCAACUUCUAGCUCAGAUGGCAUGCAAUCCACCAAUUUUGUCAUUGUAAGCCAACUGUCUAAGCAGCAUUUUCUUAGCAAUCAAUCUAAAACGCACCGAACGACUACCGUGCUCAUUUAAUUACUUGGCGAUGUCUGUGGUCAAGCCCUACACUGGCUGUCUCGUGCUCAAAUCCCACCGAGGUAGCCGACUUUGCACAACUGGGUCAAACGAGUCAUGGUAAUCUGCCAAAACACCAAUUAAUCGUAAUUACAAAUCAAAAUUGAAGGUCUUCAGAUCCUUCAAAAUAGGACCGGAGGUCUCUCAGCAGUGAGAAACGGAUUAGAUAACUGGGCCAGCUGAAACUCAGUUCGACCAGCCUCUAAGGCCAAUGAGAUGCGUCUUUUGAAAAUUACAUUACAAAAAAUUUACUUGUCACACAGCAUUCCAUUGCCACGAAUACACUUUUCUCCUCAGCACUCAACUACCCACAAUUGAAAUGUAAUUAUACAUAACUUAACCAGUUGGACAGAUGGGGUUGACCACUUGUAAAAACGUUGGCGGCUACGGUGGGGUUCGAAACCUCGACAGCAAGGCAAGGACUUGAGUGCAGCCAAUAUGAGUCUGGUAGUCAUAUCAUUAUUAGGGAAUUCCUGCUUGGGCAAUCAGCGCAAUGCAUCAGAUUUGGUGAAUUCAAUACGCUGCAGUAGGCUGAGUGGGUAAUUAGACCCAGACAUGCCUAGAGAGUUGGCCAUCGCCAAGCCUUCACCUUGCUUUUGUGGGUUCGAAUUCCACUGAGUUUCCCGAGGUUUCAAAGAUGUGUCAAAAUAAAUUAUUAUAAAUUAUUUAUUUGGACCAUGCACAACAAAUUACCGUACACAACUAUUAGGUUCGGUGUGCGUAGAUUUUAACCCGUGAUGAUUGUGGAGUGCUUCUUUUUAUGACGUUGACAUCGCAAAGCCGGCUCUAUGUUUCUUUCAUCUCAAUGGCAGAGUUUUAACGUUUUGCUCUGUAUUAUUGGUAAAUAAAAGAACACAGGCCUGUUACUGGAUUAAGCAUACCAGGCAAUUCAAAAAGAAACAUUAUACUUCCUAGUUAGCACAGCCAUAUAAGCAGUUAGACAAGUUUCAUGAUAAGAUGAAAAUGUACACAUCGUGUGAAUGUAUUUUGCUAGAUAUGGAACAGAUAAAUUGAAUAAUGAUAAAACAAUUUUAUUAUGUGGAUAGUAAUAAUUAGACUAAUUUAGCAGAAUUAUUUAGAAAAUCCAGAUAAUUAUCAUUGCGCACGAUAAAACGGACCUGGCCAGCGCACCAUCGGCCGAGUCAUAAACGUCUGGUUGAAUUCGUCAUUUUCAGCAUAUCUGUUUUGUUGACACCAGGACACUCCUAUAAACAAAUGCUUAGUCUAAUCCUACAAUUUUCGGAAAAAUUGGGCAUAACUUGGAAACUUCUGAGCCGCUGUCUUGCAUUCACAUUUAAAAUGCCUGAAACCCAAAAAUGGAACUACCUAACAUCAACAGGCCAAGGUAGAUGCAAGAACACAUACACAAUUCGGUGAACGAGCGUUUUAUUACGUGAGCAAUGAGCGUUUGCCGUUUCUCCAUAUCUUUUUUAAAUCACUAAAGCUGUCAGAGCUUCAGCCAUAAGUUUAGCCAAACCCUGUUUUCAAACACACCGCAUGACGUCUGGCAUAUAAAAGUCUGAAAGGUGACACCCUUCAAGACUGAUUGACUUUGUUGCGCGAAGUAUCAAUUUCCGUUAAUCCUCUAUCUGAAAAAGAGGACGAAUUAAACUAUAAGCGGUGGAAUGAGCUGUGCUUGCGCGUGGAUAGCUUUGGGGUCUGUCCCCUGCAAUGGCCCUCAUGGGAGUUACAGUGAGCGGACACGGGAACCAGAUCAGGGUAAGGCACGAAUUUUUGAGCUGCCGUACGUGGCGGUGUGGCGGCACGCUUUGGCGCUGACUAUAGGUUUAGUCUUUAUUAAUACUGUUCGUUACCUAACUCAUGAAAGAUGUCGAAAUUUACGGAUGAUAUCCAUUCACAGGCAAACUGGCCCCAAUUCGUGGACCCAAUACUCAUGUUGACAAUUGCCAACAUAAGAGGAAUUCAAAACAUGAACUAUUAAAGGCGAUGUUAUGCUGCUCAGAAGUGCCAAUUUUUAAAAAAGCGAAAAAUGCCGAAAAUGUCAAAAAUGGUUGUAGUUGUGGAAUCUUCAGUCUUAGAUUCACGGAAUGCUUGCCUACGCAAAAAAUGAGAAAAUAUGACAGCGCAGAUAGAAGAACGUUUUAGAACAAGGUUUAAGUCAAGUUUGCGUUUACGUAUCCUUAAAGAAUUAGUGUUAUUUCAGGUAAGACGGUUUGCAGACAGCCUACAUUAUGAGCGGCUGUCGAAGACGUUUUUUCGAGGAUUCGUGGUAUUCCCCAUACAUUUGAAUGGGUCGAGGCUUGUUUCAAUAAGACAGACAGAAUUUUGCUUGAUAUCGCCGAUAAGAGCGUCGUUUAGGCAAAAGUUUCCAUAUGUUCACACGUUGAUAGGCGGGUCAUCAACCGACAAAUUUAAGUGGAACUGACCAGCGUAAUCGUCAACACAAAAGUUUUUGCAUAUAUGUGUGUGUCUCAAAAAAAAUAUGCCCUAGGAAAAAUAUACGAUAGGUGAAAUUUGCCAAAAUUUACGCAAUAUCUUCAAUCACCCGGACAGAGAGCUUCAUUUGGUUUACGCGGAACGAAAAAUCAGUUUUAAAAUGCGACAAGGCGCCGACUGGAAUUAUGGUGUCUCACCCUCCCCCUCCCCUACCCUCCCCUGUCUACCCGUAUCUUGUGCAUUCAUUACUUCAAUAGCCAUAUAAAUGUACAGGCCUGAAGAGAAUUUAUCGAAAGCAAACGUAUGCUCGCCAAAUUGCCUUUUGAAUUUAGUGAAUCUCUCACAUUUAAAUCAUCCUCAUCAUAGUAAUGUUCGCAUAAAUACGCCAAGAUAGUCUAGGUCAGCCAUUUAUGUAGGAUAUUGUCCGUAUGUAAAGUAACGUCGAUGAAAACGCAGAUUUACAAACAUAAACCUGAUAAAAUUACGUAGAAGCGCAUUCUGCAUACAAAAUGGACAUGGUUCGGAACGGAGUAGCCGAAUACACAUAAAAGACGAGCUUUUCGGUGCCCGACCACCUGGUCAUCAAGACUCCUGUCAUCACAUUUCAUGGGUUGGGCCACAUAUUGCAUAUAUGACUGUCGCAAACGACGACCUCCACCGUCCGCUCGAUGGCACGUGCUCAACUAUUAGCUUAUAGCGGACCGACUUACGCAGCAUCUAGCGCUCUCCUCACUCAUCCGCCUUGACGAGGCGGAGACAAGGCUUGGGCGUGGUAACAGUGAUUGACAAAUCACAACAGUCCUUUACAGGUGUUAGUAACGGCAUGAUUUCCCAUUAACUUUAACAGGCUGCCCAUAAGGUUAGCUCGAAUCUCACAUGCGUGAUAAUGUCAUAAAGGGCAUAUGGAAAGGGGCGAUUACGCUGUCUUGAUCCCGAGUCUAAGCACAAUGUGGGCAUUGAAAGUAAAGUAAGCCGAAGGGGGAUGAUGAAAUCGUUAGUGGAGAAAACAGCCCAGGCAAAAGGGAAAAGGCAGCCUGAUGCAUGUGAAAUCUCCCGAGAGACUGAAGGAAGACUAGAAUCCCCACAAAAGACCUGACUGAAAAUACACGCAGGCCAGCAAUGCCCCAAACCUAACCGUAAACCUAGCCGUAAUCGCAAAAGCAAACCCGGCCUUUAACGUAAUUAUAAACCUUACGCUAAUCCUAAACUUAACACUAACCUAGCCCUAAAUCAACCAAAAAAUCUUAGCCUAACCUUGGUCCUGACCCAGAUCCUAACCCUAACCCCAACCUUGACCAUAACCCUGACCGCAACUCUACCCUAACUCCAGCACCAUUCCCAACCAAAAACUCAACACUAAACGUGAAUCUGAACCGCAAUCCAAACUCUGACUUUAACCGAAACCCUUAAACUUAACACAAACCCUAGCUAUAGACUCAGUCCUCAGCCUGACACUAACCCAGACCCUAAACCGAAACAUCAGUUUGCCCUUUUCUGUUUAAACUCUGGCCACAUUCUCAUAAACAAUCUCAGCAUUCUCCUUCGGGUCACCUUACUUCCAGUAGCUACAUUGCGCUUAGACUUGGGACCAGAAGAGCUUAACAGACCCCUACCGGCCACAUUAACAAGGAGCCAUCAUAUCCUGGUUCUCAGACCUGAGAAGGUUCGAGUUAUCCCGUCAAUUGCCAGUCGCCCACGACAUGACCUCUUACGCUUCACGAUAGAUUCGGACGUGCCAGUUUUAUCGUGGCGAAGAGUGUGCCGAUUUUCCGUGUGGAUGAAUUCCUUAGGGCCAGCCUCGCUCACUCUGUCCUCUCUCUCCCAGGCACCAGUCGACUGACCGAGCCUGUCAGAAUCCUCGUGAUGAGAUUGGACGCAAUGACUGACAGGGCAGCACGGCCUAUCUGCGCGCGUCACGCAGGACUUCGUUUCUUUAUCGGGCAACAGGCUGAAAGGGGAACAUGCUUUCCACGUGCGAUGUGCAUGUACUUACGUGCAACCUUGGCAGGACACCCGCACGCUUUUUGAGGGAGUGAUGUUUGGUGCGUCGUUUAAAGGUGUCGUUUUCGCGCGUGUUGUGGGAUUAGGUUCAUGUGUUGCGUAGGGCCUGUGUGGGGACACGCUGUAGACGCGCAGGGUCGAGACCGGAGGUCGGCAGGCGUUGUCGAGAAUGCGCACCAAUAACAAAGAUAAAGCAAAGGUGAAGAUUUCCGAUGUGUUGACAUACCCAUGUGCAGGCUCUGGCCGCGCCCAUUGGAAUCUGGGAUGUCCUAUUAUUUUUUCUGCAUUUAAUAAUGUUGAGUGACUACUUAAGUACCAUACAUUUUUUCUCAUUGAUUUUCGAUGGUCUUUCAAAUUCAAAUAUAGUUUAUAAAAACGACGAACAAAAGUAUGCUUUCUUUCAGUCGCUUGGUAGAAAAAUACGUCAACAUUGUACUUUAUAUUCCAAGAAGGAGUAAAAUUAGGUUUUAAAAAAUUUACCUAAUUUCCGAAUAAUUUAGAGCCUUAUCAGUCAUUGCACUAGCGUUUAGUGAUUUCAGCCUGCAAGGUGCAUGCAUUCCGCGUAAAGACAAUCACAUAUUCUUCCAUGCCUUUAAAAAGAUACCAUAUAGAGUCCAUAAAAUUUUGCAGUAGAUGAGGACCAUGUUGUACAUUUCAUGAGGGUCAGUGUAAACGUACAGGUACGAUGCUGCAUGAAUCGAUUUUGCACGGUCUGAAAAUAUUUCCUAAGUAGAAACGCUUUUAAAUCGUAUUAUACUCCUUCUUCGAGUAUAGAACACAAUGUUAACGUAGUUGUCUAUCAAGUGACUGAAAGAAAGCAUAUUUCUGUCCGUGGUUUCUAUAAAAUAUAUUUGAAUUUUCAAGACCGUCGAAAAUCUAUGUGUAAAAUGUGUCCUACUCAAGUAGUCAUUCUUACCGAGUUCGGUACUUACAGGGGACUAAAACCCAGUGGAUUCAAAGACUGACAUCCUAGCGAGUCCGAAAUGCCAUAGGAUUAUGUUGCAUGAUAAUCAAUUUUACAAUCGCGCCUAAGAAUCCUUCCCAAUCGAAAACGCAUUUCAGAAUUGCAGCCAACAUUUCAUGAGAUUGAUCUCUCACUGAAAAUAUACAAGGGCGUUCAGUUUAAAAACGGAGAUCCACCCUAUGAGCUACAAGGUCUUUCGAAAAACAUUUACUGUCAUCUUAAAUGAGCCCUGAUGAUGGACACUGUACGAUAAAUGUCCUUUUGAAACUCUUCUCUCCAAAAUAGUUGUUCGAUCAAGGAUUCCGUCGGUUGUACUGUUUCUGCUCAGCCUAAAAUUUCGGAUGCCUAUUAUCUCCCCCUUCUUCGUCCUACUCAUUCCCACCAUCUAUUAGGACAAUAAAAAAAGAGCAAAAUGUGUGCUACAUAUAUUUGCAUAUAAUUUGGAGUGCGGUUUUUGCUGACAGUCUGAAAACGCUUGUUCGAAAGCCGGCAUCCUGGUAUGACUGGAAUAUCUUGAAAUUUUACUGCAACAGCAUUCAUCUUUAAAUCUUGCAUAAAUGAUUUUUCCGAAUUGGAAAAGCAUUUCAGGACUUCAGUUAAUAUUUCUCGGGGUAAUUCAUCUACUGUGCAUCUGAUUCGUGACAAGUUGGAUUUGAUAAUAUUGUUCAGUGUCAGGAUAACGGUGAAACACAAGAAAGAAAGUGCAGACGCCUGAAUGGCGCUGGACUGUGGUUGUAGGCAUCUAAGGGGGAAGCUCGUUUACUUAUUGAUAAACGAUUUAUCAUGAAGCAACUACGAAAGACUGCACAAGAGAAUGACAACAAAGAUGAUAAGAGAGUGUGAGAUGACCACAGCCUAAAAUAAUACCGGAUUAAUUUCUGGUUCCUAAAACGUCCGUUGUCCGUUGAUUAUGUUGAGGCACUCCGCAAAUCUUCCGUUUGGAGCCACCAAUUAACACCAUUUUUCCAGAAUGACCUGUCGCAAUGCCACCGGCAUAUAGGACAUAUUAACGGUCGCUAAGUGAUCUUAGGUCACCAGCAUGAGGCGAAAAGGUGAGAGAGUAAGAUAACAAAUUAAAAUAUCUCAAGUUCAUUGUAGAGAAGAACAGACUUUCGAAUCUCAGGUUUUUGUCGCAAAGCGGAAGAAGAGUAAGAAAUCGCCGGAACCCUCAUUGCAUCCGUCUAGGAUUUUGUACUCAUGCAGUGGAAAUCAUCAUUAAAAACAUUCGGGUGACAAGAAGGCGACGCAGUCACUGCGACAAGAGCUUUAUUCGCCUGACGAUUCGGAUUCCUGCUUAAACCCAUCAUCAGAGACGAAAGCAGAUACGGGUUGUUCAUGCAAAGGAAACUGCGGUAUUUAUAGGAUGCAUUCGCCAUGCUACCGCAUACCCAUGAAUAUUCACGUUCCCCCCCUUUACAGGGUGACAGUUACAGAUAUGCUGCCCGCAUCUGGGUUCUCAUCUCUCCUCGAGCAAAUAAGAAUAUGUCAUUUGGCCUAACGCGUAGUGCAUGGUAUGCAGGAGUAGAACAACGUGUCGAUUUACGGAUCAGCGCCCCGCUGACUUGGCCCCCAAGCGGCUAUUAGCCCGUCCUCCCUGUGGGCUGCACUAUUAUCCGUUCCCCCGCGGUUGCCCCUAGGGCGUGAGCACUGGCUUAGAACGUCUAAUAGCCAACCUCCCCUAAUUGGCCAGCAGGUGCUCGCUUACGCAUAAGAUUAAUAGUUGUGUAGACCGAUCGAUAUGUGAUUUAGGUGAUCUCUAAAACUGGCCACGCGGAAGAUGCACUAGACCACGGCAGACGUUGUUGGGAGUGCGCACACAUAACAAACGCUACAUAUGGGGAAUGUGCUGGCGCGCCUAGGCGCGGAUCAACGCCUCGCCAACAACCGACGUCCGAUUCCGUUUCCGGUCUUCUGGACUCCGUCAUGACACCGGCCCCAUGUGGGAGAGGAGUAGUAAGUGCAGAAAACGCAGCACAAGCCUACUACUGCUGCUAUAAACUAAUUCACACGCAAGUCCCCAUCCCUGUGCCCAACACGCUUUGGAACACACGUUGGACAACGACGCAGUCGACGAUCGAACUGUCGUCACGUAUAUGAUUACCAGAAUGGAUAAAUUCAGUAUUUUCCCAAAAGGCAAUUUGGCGAGCGUACGUCUGCUUUCGAUAACUUCUUUUCAGGCCUGUACCUUUAUAUCACUAUUGAAGUAAACAAUUAGUUAUUUACUUGCCCGUAUCUUUUAAGUCAUUACUUCAAUAGCCAUAUAAGUGUACAGGCCUGAAGAGAAUUUGCCGACAGCAGACAUAUGCUCGCCAAAUUGCCUUUUGAAAAUUACAAUGGGAGUUUUCGCAACUCUAAAAUUCAGUUUUGUUCAAGAAAAACAAUCUGCAAUGCAAGAGUCAAUCCAAUCGCAAGAACUGCACUGCCAAUUUUUCAUACGCAUGUCGCGAUCAACAGCACCGAACAGGAAGUAAUCAGGAAAUACCGUGUGUACACAAGAAAGCUCUUGCCUAAUCCUCUAGGUGAACAAGCAGAACAACAUCAUUCGAGAUAAGCCGUCUCCUUUUAUAUCAAACAAAAGGGCAAGGAAUUUUUUCGACUAUAAAACCUUUUCAUGGUACUAAGACUCUCAGGAUCAUUUAAAACAACUUCACGCUAAGAAGAACAAAAUUUAAGCAAAAAGCAACCAUUGCUAGACCCCGCAGUUGCAGCAUUCACUACAGACACCGUCAGUAGAAAGAAGGCACUCGACGAGCAGAAGAAGUUACUCAAGUAAUCAAUGUGAUUCGGUUGUAAUAGAAGUCAAAAUCUGACUUAGUGAAUUUGCGUAUAAAUCAGCAUGAAGCACUGCGGUUUCGCUGGCUGGUGAAGUGUUUUGAGAUCUUCUAAAUUUCGCCAGAGGACGAAUAAAAAGAACAAGAGGAAUGAGAAGAAUAGGGGCUGGCCAACAAGUGGGUCAGUUAGUCUGACAGUUUCCGUUUUUAUUGGAUGGUUUACUGCCUUCAUGUUAUCACGCAAACCCAAUUUCUGGAGGUCUUUUAGACGCACAAAGAGUUUAGCUCAGGAAGAGGAAGUCGUUUUAGAUCCAGUUUUUACUGUCUCCCAGGAAGAAGUGGAGCGAAAAAGGGAAAGAUAAUUGGUACACUAGAAGGCAAUCGGAAUUGUAGGCUGAGCAGGAACAGUACAGCUGAUGAAAUUCUCAAUCGAAAAACUGUUUUGGAAGGAAGAGUUUCGAAAGGAAAUUUGCCGUACAGUGUCCAUCAUCAGGGCUCAUUUAAGAUGACAGUAAAUGUUUUUCGAAAGACCUUGUAGCUCAUAGGGUGGAUCUCCGUUUUUAAACUGAACGCCCUUGUAUAUUUUCAGUGAGAGAUCAAUCUCAUGAAAUGUUGGCUGCAAUUCUGAAAUGCGUUUUCGAUUGGGAAGGAUUCUUAGGCGCGAUUGUAAAAUUGAUUAUCAUGCAACAUAAUCCUAUGGCAUUUCGGACUCGCUGGGAUGUCAGUCUUUGAAUCCACUGGGUUUUAGUCCCCUGUAAGUACCGAACUCGGUAAGAAUGACUACUUGAGUAGGACACAUUUUACACAUAGAUUUUCGACGGUCUUGAAAAUUCAAAUAUAUUUUAUAGAAACCACGGACAGAAAUAUGCUUUCUUUCAGUCACUUGAUAGACAACUACGUUAACAUUGUGUUCUAUACUCGAAGAAGGAGUAUAAUACGAUUUAAAAGCGUUUCUACUUAGGAAAUAUUUUCAGACCGUGCAAAAUCGAUUCAUGCAGCAUCGUACCUGUACGUUUACACUGACCCUAAUGAAAUGUACAACAUGGUCCGCAUCCACUACAAAAUUUUAUGGACUCUAUAUGGUAUCUUUUCAAAGGUAUGGAAGAAUAUGCGAUUUUCUUUACGUGGAACGCAUGCACUUUGUAGGCUGAAAUCACUAAAUGUUAAUGUAACGACUGAUAAGGCUCUAAAUUAUUCGGAAAUUAGGAAACUUUUUGAAACAUAAUCAUAUCUUUUUUCGACGAUACAAUACAAUGUUGACGUAGUUUUCUAUCAAGCGACUGAAAGAAAGCGUAUUUUUGUCCGUGGUUUCUAUAAAAUAUUUUUGAAUUUUCAAGACCGUCGAAAAUCUGUGUGUAAAAUGUGUGCUACUCAAGUAGGCAUUCGUACCGAGUUCCGUACUUACAGGGGACUUAAACUCAGUGCAUUCAUAAGCUGACAUCCUACCGAGUCCGGAAUGUUAUAGGAAUACGUUGCUUGAUAAUAAAUUUUAUAAUUGCGCCUAAGUAAUCCUUCACAAUUGAAAACGCAUUUCAGAAUUACAGCCAACAUUUGAUGAGAUCGGUCAGUUAUUGUAAUGAGAAGAUUGUUAAGGCAAAUUAUUAUCUCACGUAAUGAAGGAAACGGAAUUUGAAGGCCCACUGCAAUGAAUAAGGGUAGAACGGCCCACAAUAUGCCGGCAGACAAAAAGAGUAUAAUACUCAGGAGGCGUUGGAUGUAGGAGAAGUCACAAAAUAUGCUUCAAAGUUCCAAUACGUUGGCGGCGGGGUUAUAUGUGUCAGUCCGCGGACUCUACUUCAUAUUAUUCUAGACAAAACCAAACCAUUAGCCAAACACCGUACACACAGAUGAGUCAGUCAUAUUUUUGGUUAAGCCUUCCCCCAUAACAUCUGUGUAAGGGAGUAAUCAUCCGCACAUUACUCUCUCUGAAACGGCCGAAUACAUACGUACGUUGCUCUAUUUGUCUAUAGAAAAGGGCGAGUAAAAUUUAAUACGCUUAUCAGCUCUUUUCAAAAGUCCUCUAGGAGGCUUUGCAAGGCGCAGCCGACAAAGUAUUUAGGACUUGUGUCUUGAUUAAACCACACGGACUGACUAAACGAAUUUAGGCAUAUCCAUUGCGUGUGUUCUUCUCGUGUUUUUCAAGUAAUUAUCUCUACAUUUUGUGCAGACCACUUUUUGCCAAUCAUAAAGGACUUUGAAAACCUUAGCCUAAUUAUAAAAAACCGGAAUAUCUGUAAUUUGAAUUUUCGAACCGCAAUUCGCUGCCUCAGUUUUCGUGCUCUGAGAGUCGUUUUGGACUAAGAAAAAAUGCUUCCUGAUAUACCCAGUACCGAAAGACAACGUAAGCGACUUUUAAGUUUAGGUACGUUAGAGCUGCCGUAUGCGCGUCUGACUCACCUUGGGUCUGUUCGAAAAUAUUAGUGCGACCAAUAAGAAUGUAAAGUAGGCAAGUCUUCCCAAGAACCAGAAUUUUUGAGGCAAAGUUAGCCUUUCCGGAGAUACAAACGUUUAACGUUAGCACGGGUGAUCCGCGUUGACUCACAAAAUCUCCCUUUACUGAGUUCUUUAACAGAAAACCACGGCAAUUUCAAGAUAAAGUUCAAGUCGUAAAUUUUAAGAUUUAAUUCUCCGUAAAGGAGAAAACGAAAGUAUAUUUUUUGCAUGCUUUCGGCAAAAUAUACUUUAAUAAAUUAAGGACAUUGAAAAUAAGUGAUAAUAAUCAGUGAUCAUAAUACUUAGAUAGGUAUUUUUGUUUAGUGUGGCUUCCGUAGGAGACUGAAAGGAGAACCAUUCAAAAGACGGAAUCCUGGCGUCUUGAGAUUUUGUUGCACGAUAAUACUGCUACAACUCCACUUAAGUUACCCCUUCUAAUCUAAAGCGUCCUAUAAUUUUGGUGGAAAUUUCAUAGUGUGCUAUAUGCUACAAUUUUGAAAAUAUCCCGCCUGUUAGUGUUUGCCAAGCAAGGUUUUUAUUAAGUGCGGAGCAGCUCGACGGGGCAUAAAAACCACACGAAAUUCUCAAGUGAAUUAAAAGCCCUCGACGGCUUGCUUACUGAGACUAUUGGCUCUACGAAUUCCGUUGUUGAUAAAGCUAGGCACUUAACAAAGUGGCCCUUGCUGCCUCUGUUGAAUGGCGCAGAUACUUAAAGGUGGACUCUACCCCACUCUACUUAUCACCCGCAGACAAAAGGCCGUUCUUGACUUAAGACACGCUGGUAUAUUUCCCACCUACAUUACUUUCGGUUGGGAGAUAUUCUAAAACCAAAAUUUUACGACGAUUUAACAGCAAGUUUUGAAAAAUUACUUCAAAAUCUUCAUCUUAUAGAACCAGUUGCUACCUUGUAUCCGUAUUGGCGACGUAGUGAAAUAGUUUUUCAUUGUUUUUGAAGCGUAACUUGUCCUAUCCCCUAUAGGAGUACGAGGUUUCGUUCUGUUUUACCAAGCAAUAGAACUGCAUAAUUUUUUUAAAAACUUCACACCGAAAAAAAUUUUCAGUGACUAUUCCCCAACUGCAGAAUAUUCGAUGAAAUGUAGGCUGAAAAUUCCGACUAUUUGCAACCUCAGGAAGAUUUUUAAAAAGUCAGUUCGUGUUUUUAAAAUACACGGCGCAUUCUUACUCCUCAACCCUUCUGAAUCAACACUUACCUGCUUGUUAUUACGGUACUGGCACAUUUGUUUCCGACAAGCGGCUGGAAGAGUAUGUACCUUCUUCCUAUCCUUAUUUUCAGAGCUUUCGAGAACUGUUUGGUCAUAAGUGUUCAACAUUUGACUGAUUUAAAAUCAUUUUGAACGUAUUUUUUCGUUCCUCGCCGAGAAAUGGCCUACAGUUCUCAGCGGAAUUGAGGAAAGGAAGUCUCAUUAACUACAGGGAGCAUAACAUCCCUCCUGUCCUAAAUGAGAGCUUGAAAGUCUUUCGUAAGUUUACCCAUCAACCCAUACUCAUGAGAAUAUUUAUUUUUUUUGUUUCCCAUUAUACAAACGGAAAUUAUAGUCGUCACCCUCAGUUACAAUGCUUCGCCCACCUUUGUGUAGGGCGACAUUAGACUCAUGACAACCAACUAAACCAUCUUUUUUAAGACCGACAAAUGGCUUUUCCUACUUGUAAAAUAAAAAUGCCUUAAACAUUGCCGUACAUCGAACCUGGGAUUAGUACGAGCUAUUAUUACCAUCCUGAUUUACAAGAUAUCUUUAUUUUUGGAUAUUUAUUUUCCAAACCGCCCGUUUCGAAUAUCUGGAAUUUACUUUUUUGUAAUCAGGAAAGUACAAAUAAGUCGACCAGUCCUAAUUGCCCUCUGGUUUUUAGGUGGGCCCUUCCGAAUACAGGGCUGUUGCGACUUGAGUGCAGGGACGAAGGCGAUACUUUCUUUCGCAUCGUUCUCAGAAAAGAAAAUCUGUGGUGUUUUAAAAACUGGGCAAGGUCUUAUUUCGCCGUUAUACCCAUAAGGGGGUAGAGGUUAAUGCUAGAGUCAGGGUUAGGGGUUACGGUUAAGCGUAAGGGGUUGGGGUUGUUGGUCGUGGUUAGGGUUUUGGGGUAAACCCCUUUUAGCACUGGUCCCGUAUGACAGGCAGCUGGGACUAUUUUAGCAGUUGCGGCUGAGAAAUAAUAUCCGACCAAAAAUUUCCCGUAUGCGCAGCGUACACUUCCAUUUAACGCCUGUGUCAUCAAGCAUAUUGGAUUCAUUUCUUCCUUGUUAGAUGUUUAUUCACCGCAAUGCAAAUGGAAUUUACUCUGAAUAAAAUUAUGUAGUUUUCGCGAUUAUGCAAAAUAUUUGAUUGUGGUUAAAGCUGUGGGGUCAAGUCUUAAGGAGACUGCGGGUUGAUGCAAAAUUAAGCACAUCCUUGGGAAUAUAUAACUUUGGACUUAAAGCUCGCGUACGUGUAGGCAACUAAUACCGUUAAAAUUCGCGAAACUUAUUCCCUUUAGGAGUGUUCGGGAAAGAUUGAUUUCAAAUAUGAGUCUAAGCAUAGAACCAGUUUCGCAUGCGACCAUGAAUGUUAUUUGUGUAAAUUCCAUAAACCAGGCUUGACAGCAGUGUUAGGAAAGGCGAAAUUAGGACACGGAGUUUGUUCCUGGAUGCUUAACUGGAAAAUGAUCAUUUUCUGGACCUCUGCUCAAAAGAUUUUAAACGGCCUGUCGUCACAUGCAGUGUAAUCGUUCACUUGCACUUCCGUAAAUUGAAAAAUCUAAUCGCCACAUGUUUUCCCAGUGUAUUUGUUUUUGUUAAGCAAACUGCUUAGUAAACUAACAAAAUUCACUCAGAAAAGGCGUUUCGUGCUGAGUAUAGUGGUGGAUUUUAAAGCGGAGAUAAAAAUUUUGGUAGGUUAUUGCUGAUUAUAACUGCCUGAAACGGCUCAUAAACCGUUCUUAUGACUUUGCUUGUUUGCCUAGUCGUUUAAUGGUUGUUAUUUUACUCAAUUACGCGUUCUCAACAUCGGUGGGGAAAUAGCCGUAACUACUGAUGCGAUAUCACUCCUUAAUUAUCACGAGCAUUAAUCGCGUUUUAUGCGGCUAUAGUCCUAUAAUUUUAGAGAACCGUUAUUCACGAUAUUAGAGACCUAAUGGUAUAUAUAUGACUUCGAAUCCUUGUGAACAUGCAGUGUGUGACGUCAAAUGUUCCCUUUUUGUUAACGACGUUGGAGUUGAUGCUAUCAGAUCGAACAAAGUACUUUUCAAGUUUUUUGAAAUAAACGGUAAGAAUGCGCUGUAUUGGAAGAGGUGAUUUUGCGCAUCAGGAGUACUAUGAAGCACAACAAGCACUGGUCAGCCUACUUUUGUCAUAUCAGCAUGUCACAAGCAACUCGGCUUGGUUUUCAACGCUGUCCACCGUGUGCCCUACCGUAUGUGCAAUCAAGGAUGGCGAAGUUUGCGUGAAUAGGUUUAAAUUGAUCGUAGACUAGCAUUUCACCUGCCGAACCCGCCCCUUCUCACUGAAUUUGUGUUCGGUGUCAAAGCAGAGUCAAGAAGACCGCAGAUGGGGCUGGGCGCAACUGUAUGGCGCGGCGUGAACUCGCACCCCCUGAUCUGGGCGAAAAGGACCAAGAUUACCCACGACUAGAAGGGUGGGCGGAUCAGGUCCCAACGGAACCUCUGUCAUGAGAGGAGGACCAAGUUAAUCCGACAGACCACGGCGUCUAGCGCAUCGUUAUAGAUUCAAAAUUGUCAUAUUGUUUAUAACGUGGAAUAUGCGACUAGACUGCCGACCUCACUCUUCUUUCUCUCUCUCUCUCUCUUAGACACCACUCCCUUAUCCGAGCUUGCUAGUUAUCUAAUGUUCGGGCUGGGCGCAGUGGCUGACGGAGUGAGAGGGCUCGUCUACCCGUUUUCCGUACGCGACCCGUUCCCCGCACGCACAACUCACAAGAAUUCCAGAUGAGGAAGAAGUAAGCGCUGGAACAAGCGGAGUAUCGGCCUGACGUUUUGGAUUCUCAUCCGAAACCAUUAUUUGAGACAGUCGCAGACAAGGUUACUGGAGGCACAGAGAGCGCAGCAGGAUGCAGUUACCACGCAACCACAUGCCCGCUCUAAUUAGUAGCUUUCGCAUCCAUCGCCAAUGGCCGUGUUUGAUACGAUGAUGGUUUGUUCGUCCGUAUCCAAGUCGUUAGUUGCCGUAAUUUAAUCAUCAUUGGGGAUUAUUGACGUGUUGACUACCCUGCGGUUCGGCUCGCUGUAACCCGAACUAUUGGUUACUCGCGCCUUCCCGCAUGGCUGAUUACUCUGCCCAUACAAAAUCUUAGCACAAAAUAUGAUGCCGGGAUGAUAGUAAGCUUUUUAAUCGACUGCGGACCGGAGAAGCAUGACUCGAACAGCUUGUAGCUCGUCUGGGCAGAUUCACCAGUCUUGCGAAAAGGUGCGGACGACUGACAGUUCCGGCUGAGUAAUUAUCACGUCAAGAAUCCUCACUGGUAAAUAAGUUUCAAUAACUAGCUACUCGGGUGCGGACUAACAAGUCAUCAUCCUAUCAAGCACGACCCUUAGCAAUGGAUGCAGGAGCUGUUAAUUAAAUUAGGCAUGUGUUCGCGUGGAAACUGCGCUCUAUAAAUACUGCACUCCUUGCGUCGCCAUCAGCCUUACCUGCAACUGUCUCUGAUGAUGGGUCAGAGUGAGAAUCUGAAACGUUAGGCCAAUAAAUUUCUUGUUCCAGUGAUCGCAUUUUCCUCUUCUUCUUUUGAUCUGCUUUCUGGAAUUCGCCUCCUUGUUAAUAUCAACACCAGGGUUUCACACAAAAUGGGUGGAGGACACUGAUCUCACGCGUCAUGGGGGCCACAUCAAGAAGAAGCCGUUACCGUCUAACUCUCAGUCCACCAGCCGUCCACUCCACACACACACACACACACACUCACACACACAUAUUGGGCUGACUGCGAGGGCUGGGUUAAAUUGCCGGUUGGCUAAAACAAUAACCAUCUACACACGUGCGCCCAUAAGAAUGCUUAUUUUGUCUCGUGGGAAGCAAAUUAUUGGGGUUAUCUUGAUGCCUGGGACGCGUCCAUAAACAAACCUAGGAUGGCGUGUCGGAGAAAAUGGCUAGCCUAGAAGCAGCAAAUGAGUACUUCUCAGGGCGCGGCAGUGCUUCCUAUCAGUCUCUUGUAUCUGCUGCGGUAACUUAAGCUGCCAGCAUUACAGAUUGCCUCCUUCAAACAAAACUCUUGUUUUGUACGUACCAUCCAUCUGCCUGGAAAUCUCUUUCAGACCAGUGAAUGAAUGCAAAACGGAACAUUUACGGAGCACCUGGGAUUCUAAGGUUGUAAGAUACCUUUGACAAAUGGAACCAACAGUAAUUACUUUGGGGGACGGUAGAUAGUCAUUUCUGAAUUCGCUGGAAUGUAGGAAUGUUUGUUCUGCAAACUGAACUGCGAUGUUAACUGACACAAGUUGACGCUUAUAGGGUGCUGUGAUGCCUUUAAAAAUAAUGUACAGUAGGUGGGUUAACUCAUGAAAUUUCAACCGAAAUUUCAAAAUACAUUUUCGUUUUGAAAGGGUUCAUUAAGUAAGCUUGUAAAAUUAAUAAUCUUGCAGCAAAAUUUUGUUAUAAUUCAGCUACCCCAUUACGUCUGCACGCAAAAACUAUGCUCUGAAAAACUGACUGCACACUUAACAUUAGUUUUUCUUAUUGAUUUUUAGUGCCCCUAAAAAUGCAAUUAAAUUUUAUAGAAAACAUGCAUAAAACUAUUUAUUUUUUGCUAAAUCGGUAGAAAAUCACGUCUUCGUCCAACUUUACACUUAAAGGAGGAGUACAAUUUUGUUUUCAAAACUGUUCCAAUUCCCGAAUAAUGUUGAAUUCGACCCGCCGUUACAUAUGCAUUCAGGGUUUCUGAACUACAAGCCGUAUAUUUUCUGCGUAAAGUAAACCAUGCAUUCCUCUACGUAAUUAAUAGGAGACCAUAUGGGGUUCAUAAAAUUUAGCAGUGGAUAUGGGCCGUAUUGUUAACUUUGCAAGCCAUACUCGUAAAUCCAAAAACAUCAGACUUUAUGAACGGCCAUUUUACGAUAUCAAAAAACUUCAAAAUUAGAAACUUCUUUAAAACCAAAUUAUAUCCAUCACUCGAGCAAGAAAUUAAGGCGUAAAGCUCUUCCGAUCGAGCAAAACAAUAAAUAAUUUUGCAUGUUAUCUAUGAGAUAUAAUUGAAUUUUUGAGGGCAUCAAAAUCAAUGAGAAAAAUGCAUGCUACGUGUGUAGUCCUUUCUUACAGAGUAUAGAUUUUGUGUGCAGACAGAAAGACGUUCCUUUGAAAGCCGGCAUCCUGAGGUAGCUGAAUUAUUAUAAAAUUAUGCCGCAAGAUGAUUAGUUUUACAAACCCACUUAAGUAACAUUUUCAAAGCGAAAACGCAUUGCGGAAUUCCGGUUGGCAUUUCGUGAUUUAGCCCACCUGCUGUAUUCUUAAGAAAAAGGCCAAGUACCGUAUACUGAGCCAGUAAAAACCAAGAAACAUAGCCUCAGGUUCAAACAAAUAGAGAAGGACGAAAUGCGAAUUUUAAUUUCCACUUCGACUGUUCCGAUGUAAAGAUUUCGUAUUACACGGGAAUAGAGACACCUUUUGCUAAAACAGGUGACCUUAAGUGAAAUUCCAGGAAGGAUAACCACUCCUGUGUCCUGACCCUAACACUAGCUCUUACGUUAACCCCCGCACAAACUCUAACUUUAACCUGAACUUUGAUGAUAGACGUAAACCCCCUUGUACUUUGCGCAAAGCCUCCGAAAGAGGGACUUCUUAUCCUUGUGUUUUGCAGACAAUUUUAACUGAACAUAGCUGGUAAUGGAGUCCUCAAAUGGUAAAUCAUCUUUUUGUCAAAAAGUAGAAUAUAUGCUCCCUUUCAUUAGGCAUAUUGUAAGACACACGGUCACCCGUAACCUUACCGUUCUGAAAAAUUGAAUAUUUUCAUUAGGAGAUAAUUCUUUAUUUUUGAGCCUCUUGAACCCGGGGCCUGUAAUUCGGGAUCCAAGGUUUCAUGGCCCAGCUGUCUGGAGUCUGCCGUACUUCAUGAAAUUUAUGAAGCAUUUAUCCAACUAAACACGAAGAUGUUUACGACUCAUGUUUUAGUGAUUCUUAUAAUAAGCCAAUAAAUUGGGGCGUUUACGUGAUAAAUAUACUACUAAGUGAAGUUUUAAUCCAAACGAUUCCAGUACUUUACUCUAAUGAGUUGACUUUGCCAGUUAGGUGUCAUGCAGUUAGCUGAUUUAAGGGCAGUGUUCCGUGUAGGUUAUUACAGAGUGCUAAUAGAUGACCCAUUGAUAAAAACGUAUAAACUGGUCUGAUUUCGUUCGCCACAAUCACAAUAAUCGUAUGCCAACUUCACUUUGCCCCGCCUAUGGAAUUGGCCUCUUCUACUGUAUUUCAGUCUGGGUUAUAGACUAGCCAAAUGCAUUGCGUAACAGCUCCUUUUAUGUAGUAAUACAAAUUGCAGGUUUCUUUGCUCCAUCUGUUCCAUUUGGCAUCUUUCCUAUGUCCACAUCUGAAAUAACCCCAGUUCCUUGCAUGUGUAAUUCACUGCUUUGCUCAUGUGGGCUGUGGGUUUUGAAUGUCACCCUCCUGAAAAUGGGAUAGUGGACUUGAUCAGGUACUUGUUGGACUGAGAGUGGUAUGGAGUAUAAUUAGCUUUAGCCGUCCUUUGAAUGCUUUUAGAGAUGUUUGCAUUGUCCCAUUAUUUUGUUUUGGGAAAAGAACGCUUUCCUUCGUGUUUGUUUCCACCGCGAACCACGAAUUAAAGAACAACAACGCCUUCUUGAUUACCUAUAUAGUGUCUGUUUUUCCACAUGAUUGCGGUGGCGUUAAUUCAAACAACAUACUUAUUCAGGUUUGGGAAAAUUUAUCGCAUAAUCCUAUAUGAAAUGGUGGAUUUUCGCCACGUAAAAUUUGAUUGCGUCUUGAGCGGGAUUGCGUGCCCUAUAUUACUUAUUUUGCUGCGUGUGAUUGACUGCGAUAUUGUGUUUAUCGGCUGUCGUCUAGAACUCUGCCGAAAUUGUUUUCGUCGUUGCCGUACAAGCUAUGCCGCCCAGGAAGGGCGUGAGGUUGCCUUUUUUACACAACUUAAAACUGGAGUAAAAUACUACCUAGACCGCCAUAAACAGUGUGUUGACAUCCAGAAAAGGACUGCUAGGCAGUCGACAUUCAUUCAUAAUUCAAAAACGGUUGGGAUUGGAUAUGUACGCUUCUGAACUAUCUUCCAAUGGGGUGUCUAUCUGGCUCAUUAAAAGAAACAUGCCGCAUCAAUACGGUUUUAUGCUCUUUAUAUAUAUUUAGAAAUAACGCUUUUCUUCUCCUGAAAUAUCCCUGUUGCCAGCAUUACCGUAUUAUGGGCGGCCGUACAACACAGUUAAGUGGGAGGUACACAUAUCCGCUUCUGAUGUGAGCUAAUUCUAGUCCUGUGAUGAAAUCAUCCAAGUGAGUCCAAAAUCUGUUAGAAAUGACAGAUGUUGCAGAAGUUUCUGACAUUACUGCUUAUUGACAAACAAUUCCAAUUAAGGAGUUAGAAAACUGGCAAGAAGUGGAUACGGGAAACACAGGCGUGCGCAUAGCUGCUUUUCCAUUUAUAAUAAGUAGACGUUUUCGUGUAGAAUCCUUGUCUCCAACGAAACAUGAAUUUUUUACCAUAAUCAGAAAUGAUCUGGGCAGAGUUUGCUUGAUCAUGAAACAUUAAAACAUGUCCUGGAAGCGCUUGUGAACAAAACGACGGUGAUACUGACGUCGAGGCAAUCUACUUAGGACAGCCUAAAGUAGUCAUGCAAUUAUCUAAACCCGCCUUGCCAAUAAAUCGAAAUUAUUUGAAUAAAUGUAAGCAGUCUGCAGUUGAAACAGACCAGCAGGGGCCAACUCAUAUUUUUGCAUUAUAAUAAUAUGCUCAAUACGUCGCAGAAAAAUUUUAAUAAACGAGGUAGAGCAAUCUUAAAUUCCCCAUCAUGUUAAAAGGGCAUUUUAUUACCAGAAUGUCAUACUUCAAAUAAUUCUUGAUUGAUUUUUAAUGUAUUACAACUAAUACAAUCGAGCAGCAUGCUGAUUUAGAAACUGAACAAUUGCAACAUCUGGAUAUCUUUGUAAAGCCCGCCUGUAGAAAACCCGUUCAAAUUAACGCGAUAUAUUUUGCGUCGAAAGACACACGGUGUUACGAAUACAAUGUUGUCCUUCACAAUAGAGCCAAUUGUAGUAACACGUUAGACAAUCGACUAAGAAGAUUUCAGCUCUCUACUUGUGCACCAUAGUAGUUUACCCAGACCAGCCACACUCCUUGCGAGCAAGAAUCAGCUACUUUCCGCAACGUGGAUCGGUUUGAUUGCUGGUUAUUUGAAAUCGGGGAACGUGCUGUUGUAUAGGCAUUCAAAGUUUGUUGCAGGUUACUCUAGAGUUUGGGGUUUGCGGAACAGCUUCCCUACUUGCUUCUUUGGAAGGUUUUUCGUCCUCAGCAGCUUGCGUUAGGUAGGUCCUCAAUUACCAGCUCUCCUUCCUUGUAACCGAGAGCAUAUGCAAGAAAUGUCGGGUUUUUGGACCGUUUUCCGCAUUUCGCGUCCUGUGCCUUAACUACGCGCCUCAGUUCUAGAAAACUCCACCUGCCUGCACAUUCUACCCUGAAAUGAUCCACGAGGGAGAUGUAUUGAAACAAAUCAAAGGCCAGGUUAUAGUACGACGCAAGUUAACCAGACUGUGCAAAGUCCACGCAUCCCAUGAAAAGCGACACACAUUGGAGUAUAGUGGCACACCUAGGCGCAGACAGACGCCGCGCCAGCCACCUGCGCCCAAUUCCAGCAUCAGAUGCUUGACCGGCUCCGACGGGGGACCGAUGUAUGAAGGACGGAAGAAAGAGUUAGGUUGAUUCUGGGAGCUCCGUCCACACGGCGCUUAGCGCACUUCCUUACUAUAAACAAUCUGACCCAACCACCCCCCUUCCAAAUCUACCACGAUGACUUGCAACUUGUGACUUUUAAAUUCGCCAACUGACCGGAUAACUCAUUCCCUCCCUCUCAAGAUAGACAGCAAGGCUGCAAGCAAUCAUUCUGAACGUGGACUUUAUGACACUUCUACUCAGAUGUGAUCCGAGUUCCCCCCCCCCACUAGUUCCAGGGAAGACAAUCCAUCGCCCACAGAACGGAUUCAGCGUGUGGCACGCGCAGACGAACCGGUUAGCUCUAUCAGCCGCUGCGCUUGACCCUGCCUCCAGUCGUCCUUACUCUGUCCUAUCACCUGGGUCCAUAUUGGUGAGAGAAGAAAGCGAGUGAAACAGAUGCUGCGUAAGUCUGUCAUCACUGCAAACUGGUUCAAGCACAGUCACCGUCUCUGUGCUCGUCAUAGGGUGGGGUAAUGGGUUGAUUUUUUGUUCUAGACAGUCGAAUUGAAAAGCGAGCAUGGUGUUUCUAGACCUUUAUCUGCGAAUGUCUCUGAUGAUGGAUUCGAAUGAGAAUCCGAAACGUCAGGCCAAUAAAUUUCUUGUUCCAGCGAUCGCAUCUUCAUCUACUGGUGUUUCUAGUGUCUGACGCAAAGCACUCACACCCCGAUCCGCUUACGCUAAAGUCCUUAUAAUCAUGACUAGACACAUUAUAAUGGGAUAACGAUUUAAUGACCCACGAGAGCAUUUUGCCGAGUCAUAGACUUAGCAGGAUGAAUUUGUAAGACGUAAACCUUAUUUAAGUGCUUGCUGGCAUAUAUUAAAAUUGGGAGACUCCAAAAAUCUGUUCCAAGUUGAGCCUUUAAUUGGUAAGGAGAAUAAAAUGCUGAAGUUUUAAAACUGGGGUGUAUAGAAGGAAGUAUAGGAGGAAGACUGGCGAACUCUUCGCAGUUGUAUCAUGCGGCAGCAGAAGUCGACAAAACCUUUGCGUGGGCUUUUAACUGGCACCUAUGCUGCCUUCAUGGCGAGUCACUGAACAUUGAUAUAUUACUGACUUUUCGCCAGCUGCCUUUUAUAACUACACUCAUAUUUCACAAAUUCUCAUAGAUUCCAGCCCAAAUAUUCAUAUCAGUCCUCAGAACGAGUGUGGAAGUGUUUGUCACGUAGGAUGUGCUUAAAGGUAAUACAUGAACGCCGAAGGGAAUUAAAAAGCUCAACAAUUCUAGGCUUUAUCCAAGUUAAUAUGUCCUCUUAAACCACGUAAUGAUGGCUGAAGUUGCGUACAAAUGUGUAAAAAACCUUCAGCAAAGACCAUCCAGCUUAAAAAAGUAAAUCUUAAAACAGGAACGAUAGAUGCGAACUCAAACCGGCAAACUUCAAAACCCAGGGUCCUUUCGAGUAAGCACAAAUUCUCUGGCGAUUUCACUGCAUGCCGCUAUGUCGGAAGAUGCAACGGAUUCAGUUUAGAAUUAACCUCUCUGGGGACGGAUCCAUGGGCUCGUCGGUGCGUGUCUGUAUGUAGCCUGAGGUUCGAAUGAUAUAUGAACCGUUAACUUCAAAAGCGUCUGCCAGUCUCACAGCUCUUUUGGUCGGCUUCAAACGGACCUUUGAAGAUGCUUCCGUUAGAGGUUUCAAAGAGCAGCUCUGCAUCCACCAACUACGAAAUUUAUAUGCGGUUUGAAUGGCAAAUUAUGCAAAACGGAUGAAUUUAAGACUUUUAUUCCUCUCGCGCGGUUGCACCCCGAGAUCCUUCAUUUUUCGUCCUUAUGUUCUUAGAAUAGAAUUGCCCUUCUGUGGGGGCGGAUGCAGCUGUUUUUUUUUUUCACUAAAAUACUGUGAUUUAGUUCAAAGACAGAUACCGCGCGUGAUUAGUCUACUCACGGCACGUGAGCAUUUCCAGAAGGUAUUUAUGCUUUGGGCAUGCCAUGCAAGUGUGAAGUGCGACUAUCCUCUUAUUUAACUCAGACUCACAUCUAGAAAAUUUCGACUAGAAAGACAUAAAUGUAGUUGCGUCAGAGUGUGAUAAGGGCGUCCCACAAUAAAGCCCAUCAUAAAAUAAUGCGAACUGUCUGUUUUUAUGAAGUAUUCUCUCUGAGAGGACUUGGCGCAGGAGCAGAAGUCCACCGGCCGUUGCGCUCGAGUUUUAUCUUUACAAACCACAAUCUGCAUUUUUCCCAUGUGAGGGGAAUACUAUGUUGCUCUAUCCAAUUAAGAAGGUACCAUAAAGGGCGCAUAAAACGUUGCAAUCAGUUUGGGCCAUUUUGACUACUUUAUCAACAGAUAGAUAGAGCGCCAUUUUGAAUGGAAAUUUCACUGGCACUAUAAGUCCCAUAAUUACAGACUUCGGAAAAAGCGAAACAUACCCUCCCUUCGGGUAUGAAAUUUGAAGUAGACAUAACUUACCAACUGUCAGUUUCCGUAGACUGUAGGAAAAUUUAAAAUAAACUCAUUGAUUUUGAUUGCACGUUGACUUCAUUUGCUUGAGGCUUCUGCUUAAUCAGGAAUGCGUGAAUUGAGAAUUUGUUUAAUUUUAAAAAACGGCUUUCGAAGGCAUACUAAUAACAGAUAUGCGAAAAAAAUAAGCUAUACAGUAUAGGAAUUAUCGUUUCUUGUUAAAGGGUUCUGCGGUGAAGAAUAUUCUGUCCGUCCUUUUCGCUGAAGAAUGUUGAUUUUGGGCGGAUUUUGAACCGGCUGCAGUUGGUCACGUUUGGUCGUUAUUAUUGUCAGUGCAUCAAUAACUUGAAUCCGAUCGCUCCGUUUACUUUUGUGGCCUGGCUGGUUAAUUAGAGUUGUAUGGACUGAUGGCUGAAAAUAUGAGUAGGGAUCAGGAGCGGGAAACGUUCAGUUGCCAGUAUCUUUCAAAGUUGUAAAAAAAUAUGAUGAAGCAACCAGCAUAUUGCCUCUGACAAUAUGAUCUUGUGGGGGAAUUGUUUGAUGUUUAACCUGGUCUUGCUAGCGACUUUUCCGUUUACGUUUCUUGGAGACAUGUUAGUAUUUGCCGCUGAGGAAUUUUUGGGCACCUGGUGGGUUAAUUUAUGGAAACAAGAAGCAAAGAAACGAGGGAAUGUACUCAUUAUGGUAUGUUUGUGUAAUUUUUCAGCUUUCCCCAUAUUUAAUCAUUUUAAGGUUUAAAAUUUAAUGUUAUUCGGGUCGCUGACCUCGGUAUAUCCUCUGCGGUCCAAAUUCUCUUUUAUAGAUUUGACCGAUAAGUGCCUAACUUAUACAAAACUAUAUUUGCAAGUCAAUUUUUUACUAGUUUAUCGGUCUUUUUUCAACUUCUACUAAGUCUCGACUUUUCAAAUCGUAUUUGAGGGCUUUUUACAUAUACACACGUUCUUUGAAAUAGAGCUUUCACUGUGACUAUUUUCUGAAUUUGUGAUUUUUAAUGGUAUCUUCGUUGCUUUCGACUUUUCGGGGACCCUUGCGGUGCGCUAGCAUAUUUACUCAAAGUAUAUUCGGGUCUUUUGUGACUUCGAAUAGGAAGUAAGUACUUGAUACCAAAUGAGUAUUGAAAACGUACGGUUGCGUGGCAUUUUAAUAAGAUGUAUUUGAACUAAUAAGGGCAUCAUGAAUCAGUAAAAAAUGCAUACACUUCAGCGCAGUGCUUUGAUGGGAUAACCAACACUUUCAGCUCAACUUGAUGUCCGUGUGUCAAUGCAUCAUACUGAAUAUCACAUCCUAGGACACCUGAUGACGGUUCGGCGAUGACGUCCACGAUAUUUGGCAGACAGAUUUACCGCACUUCCUCGUCCGUCGCUCACCUGGCUCCGGCUCGAGCGCUGUGACUAACCAAGAUAAACAGUUCUUUUGUGCGUACGACACACGAGCUAGUCCCCACAGCGUGUCUCAGGAUUUCUGUAGGGGUGGCUCACAGCUGACAUGCGUAACGGUGCUAUAGAGGUCAUAUUUAUGCGGAACCAGCGUGCCACCUCUCGGUCCUCCAGUCAAGUCCCUCUAUGGACACAUACGUAAGCACACAGGUCAGUUCAAGUGUCACGAAGGACGAUGUCCCCCUUAUGACACACAGCAUGGUGGGCGCAGGAUGGCGACUUUCGCUUGAAUUAGUUUAUUGCCAUGGCAGACUUGCACUGCGUCUGCCGCACUCACUCCUACCUUUCCCUGCUGAACAGUGUGACGAGACAGUGGGGGGGGGAUCGAAGGCUGGAGGGGGGCAGUGACUGACAAGUUUAAAAACCUCUUCUGUCCGUGCCACUCAUAAACUGACCUCCGCACCAUCGACCGAGUUUUCCAACAGCAAGGAUGCGGAUGAAAUCCCACCAGAGGGCGAUGGUGGUGGCCACAUUCAGAAUGGGCUAUUUGACCUGACUAUUUGAUCCGAGAGGAGGACCGGGUUCUCCGUUAGUUAGCAGAAUUUCAAGCCACAACGUGGGGCGCAUCGUGAUAGAUCUAAGCGCUUCAGAUGUGUUACAGUGAGGUUGGACGCCUAGAGCUCUUUGUACGGAGUCUCCAGAACCGACGCCAGUCUCUCCUCCCUCUGACAUGCAGUGGUCCGUAGUCCCUAGUCUGUCUGUAGUCUGAGGCAGGCAGACCUCGGCGUCGGUCUGCAUAUAGGCGUGCUAUUACACACACACCGCCAUUUAGGUCAUUUGUUGAGGGAUGUGUGGCUUCUGAGCAGUCUGGUUAACACGUGCUUAAGCAAAUCCUGUCCCUGUUUGGUUCCAGCACAUCCCCCCCGCAGCCUGUAUCAAUACCACACGCACACAGCACUGACCACGAGGACUCGGGGGACACACCAUACCCCAUCAGUUCGAUCCCCGUUCUCGACGAUUUCCACCAUGCGUCCUGCAAAAUGGCGGGUGCAGUGAUCGUGAAUUGCGCGUACAUGUUUUUAUAGUGAUGGUAGACUUGCGCUGCGUCUACCGGGCUGUCUCACCCCCCACCCUCUUGGACUCGGUGUCGUAAAAGAGUCAAAAUGCACGGAGGAGGGGUCGAGCGCUGAUGACUGGCGCAGCGUGAGCCAUCGCCAAGGCGUGCCGCCACACCGCCACGUACGGCAUGUGUAAAAGGCGUGCAGCCCUGAUCUGUCCUCCGUAUUCGCACACUGCAACUCCCAUGAGGGUCAUUGCAAGGGAAAAAACGUCAAAGCUAUCUACGUACACGCGCGGCUCAUUCAACCGCUUGUAAUUUAAUUCGUCCUCUUUUCCAUAAAGAGAAUUAACGGAAAUCGAUACUUUGCGCAACAAGGUCAAUCAGUCUCGAAUGGUGUAACCUUUCGACUUUCAUAUGUCGGAAUUCGCGCCGAUUGUUUGAAAAUAAGAGUUUGGCUAAACUUAUGGUUGAAGCUCUGACAGUUUACUUAAUUUAAAAAAGGUAUGGAGUAGCGGCAAACGUUCAUCGCUCACGUAAUAAAACGUUCGUUUACUCAAUUGCGUAUGUGUUGUUGCCUUUAUCUUGGCCUGUUGUUUGUCAUGUAGUUUCAUUUUUUGGGUUUCGGGCAGUUAGAAUGUGAAUGCAAAACAGCAGUCCCGAAGUCUUCAAAUUAUGUCCAAUUUUCCGAAAAUUGUAGGAUUAGACUAAGCAUUUGUUAAUAGGAGUGUCCUGGUGUCUUCAGAACAGAUAUGCUGAAAAUGACGAAUUCAACCAGACUUUUAUGACUCGGCCGAUGGUGCGCUGGCCAGGUCCGUUUUAUCGUGCGCAAUGAUAAUUAUCUGGGUUUUCUAAAUAAUUCUGCUAAAUUAGUCUAAUUAUUACUAUCCACAUAAUAAAAUUAUUUUAUCAUUAUUCAAUUUAUCUGUUCCAUAGUUAACAAAAUACAUUCACAGGAUGUGUGCAUUUUCAUCUUGUCAUGAAACUUGUCCAACUGUUCAUAUAUUUGUGCUCACUAAGAAUCAUAGUGCUUCUUUUUUGAAUCGCCCGAUCUGCUAAUUCGGGACACAGACGUGUGCUCUCUUAUUAAUCAAUAAUAAUACAGAGCAAGACGUUAAAACUCUGCCAUUGAGAUGAAAGAAGUAUAAAUCCGGCUUUGCGAUGUCAACAUCAUUAAUAGGUGCACGCCACAAUCGUCACGAGUUAAAAUCUACGCAGAUCGAACCUAAUAGUUGUGUACGGAUAUUUGUUGUGCAUGGUCCAAAUCAGUAAUUUAAAAUAAUUUAUUUUGACACAUCUGUGAAACCUCGGGAACUCAGUGGAAUUCGAACCCAAAAAAGCAAGGUGAAGGCUAGGGUAUGGCCAACUCUCUAGACAUGUCUGGGUCUAAUUACUCACCCAGCCUACUGCAGCGUAUGGAAUUCACCACAUCUGAUGCAUUGCGCUGAUUGCCCAAGCAGGAAUUCCCUAAUAAUGAUAUGACUACCAGACUCAUAUUGGCUGUACCCAGGCCCUUGCGUUGCCGUCGAGGUUGCGAAUCCCACCGUAGCCGCCGACGUCUUUACAAGUGGUCACCCACAUCUGUCCCACCGGUUAAAUUAUGUAUACUUGCAUUUCAGUUGUAGGUAGUUGAGUGCUGAGGAGAAAGGUGUAUUCGCGGCAAUGGAAUGCUGUGUGACAAGCAAAUUUUCUGUAAUUUAAUUGUCAAAAGACUCAUCUCAUUGGACUUAGGGGCUGGUCAAACUAAGUUUCAGCUGGCCCAGUUAUCUACUUUGUUUCUCACUGGUAAGAGACCUCCGGUCCUAUUUUAAUGGAUCUGAAGAACUUUAUCCCUGAUUUAUAAGUGGAAUUACUAUAAACUGGCGUUUUGGUAGAUUUCUAUGAUUCGUUUGACCCAUUUUUAAAAAAAAUCGGCGGUCUCGUUGGGAUUUGAGCACAGGGCAGCCAGGGUAGGGCUUUACCACAGCCAAGGCCAAUUAAUUAAUCAAGUCCGGAAGUCAUCAUCUAAAUUGUUUGCUUUUUGCUUGGGUAGUUGUCUCACAAUAGCAGAAUUGGUGGAAUCCGGGCCAUUUGAGCUACGAGUUGCCCUGAUCGCUUUAAAAUACCCUCUCAGUAUACCCUAUCCAAACUCAUAUAUUGUCAUCUUCGUCUCAUUUUAUUUUCUUUUAUACAACUACUUAGACAUCCGAUGCUUAGCAGUUCCACCGCCGACUGCUUUGGAGGUGAAUACCAUUACAGUUGGUGAUCGUACAUUUCGGACUGGCGCCUAGAUAAUCCGGUGAUGCGCUUCUAUUUGAAGCAUAUAAACCAACUGAAAAUUAUCCUAUACACGCAUGGCGGUUCAUGCAAACUAGCAAAGUGGAGAAGAAACAUAGGGGAGAAAGGCAAAGACUGCGCCAACUUACGAGGAUUUUAAUCGAUUAAUUAGGAUAAAGGAGUCCUCUUAUUGUUAGUUUUCAGUCCCUUUGUUUAGGUAAAGCAGCAAGUUGGGUAAGGAGCUGUAUCCACUGCAUUAAAUAAUUCUCUGUCGGACAUAAACGCCUUCACUCUUAAUUCCAGAAGGAUAUUUAAUUCUCCGUUCUAGCUUUAAUUCCUACCUUAACACUGACUUUUGUGAUCUUAACUCCGACCCCCCUAACCGUCAUAAUCCAAACCUUAGUCCCCACACUUGAAUUAAGGACAAGCACACCUGUAAUACGGGAGAUCCGUAAUACCUUGGCCAACAAAUCUUUUUUGAAGUUCAACUUAAAGCAUAUUUCUACCCGCAGGAUAUUUCGAAGGCUAUCCCAACUCUCAAGAAUACUCGCCGUCUGUAAUGAAUUUGCGCAUUUUGUUUAACUAAACGGUGAUUCCUGAACGGCUCUUCUCCUUGUGAGCUUGCCCGAAACUGUGUAGAAUAAAUAUGGAAUGGCAAAGAUGUCCAAAAAAGGGAUUUUAAAAAAGGAUAGAACGACGGGUGGCUCAGAAAGAUCUCUAAACUUGUCACAUGGGAGGGUUGUUAAAUUAUGAAGUGACGUGUGUCAACCGAUUGGCUUCUAGCAAACCUUUAAGCACUGACCUUGAACACAUCAAAAUGUCCUCAGAGCUGGUUCACGCGUCUGCCAAACGGAAGCUGAGAUUGUCUUUUAUUCAUUGAGUCUUCCUGAACUUAAUUCUUUUUCAUCAUAAAUCAUACACAGCUUAUUGCAAGUUUGACAUUGAGCUCUAUGAAUUUCACAUACACCUGCACUGAGCAGGAUUGAUCAGGGUCUCAUAUAAACGAGGGAAUGUCAGUUAGACUACAUUAAAAAGGAGUCUUUGUAGCUAAAUCAAAGUCCCGCAAGUGGACCGAAUUAUGCCCUUAGUUGGCAGCCUUUCAAGCCACGAUGUGUGGCGCAUUGUGAUAGAUUUAAGCGCUCCAGAUGUAUUGCAGUGAGAUCGGACGCUUAGGGCUCUUUGGACGGAGUCUCCAGAGCCGACUUUAGUUUCUCUUCCCUCCCCUAUGUAGCUGUCCGUAGUCUGAGUGGGGUCAGAGCUCUGAUGCUGGAAUUCGGUGGACGCGGAUGGCGCGGCGUCAGUCUGUACCUAGGCGUGCUACUAUACGCUUCCAUGUAGGUCAUUCGUUAUGGGAUGUGUCCUUGCAGCUGAAUCUAAGUCCCGCAUAGAGGACCCUGUUAUUCCCGCAGGUGGCAGCCUUUCAGGCCACCAUAUUUAGCGCUCAAAGAUGGUUUAAUAUCGCGUCAGAAUGGUUACAGUGCAGUAAAGAAUUCUCCGUCGGACGCAAGCGGCCUCACUCAAAAUUCCAGAGGGAUAUUUAUUUCCCCGUUCUAGUUUUAAGCCUUACCUUAACACUUACGUUCAGCAACUUAACUCCGACCCUCCUAACACUCAUAAUCCAAACAUUACUCCACACCCUGGAAUCGAGUGCAAGCCCACGUGUAAUACAGGGGAUCCGUUAUCUCUUGUCCAACCAUUUUUUUGAACUGGAAGCAUAUGUCUAUCCGCAGGAUAUUUCGGAGGCUAUCUUAGCUCUCAAGAAUACUCACCGUCUGUGAUGAAAUUGUGGAUUUUGUUUAACUAAACGGGGAUUUCUGAACGACGCUUCGUUUGGUGAACUUGCAGGUACCUGUGUAGAAUCGCCUGAUGUGCUAAUCUGAGAAACGGGCGUGUGCUCUCUCAUUUAUCAAUAAUAAUACAAAGCAAGACGUUAAAACUCUACCAAUGAGAUGAAAAAAGCAUAAAUCCGGCUCUGCGAGGUCAAAGUCAUUAAAAGGAGCACGCCAAAAUCGUCACAAGUUAAAAUCUACGCAGACCGAACCUAAUAUUUAAGUACAGAUAUUUGUUGUGCAUGGGCCAAGUGAACAAUUCAAAAUAAUUUAUUUUGAUACAUCUGGGAAAACCUCGGGAACCACAGUGGAAUUCGAGCCCACAAAAGCAAGGGAAAGGCUUGCGUAUGGCCAUCUGUCUAAACAUGUUCAGGAAUUGACCAAACUUGACUUGCUCUGUCUUGUGUUCCUUAUCUUUUUCAAUUAUAUGCACACCAAAAUGUGACAUAUGAUUCGUUCGUGGCCUACGUAGUUUAGGCAAAUACUUAUUUAGGAGAACAGUGCUUACCUUUAAAUGAUUUAUGCUUUUAAGCGAAUUGUAUAUUUUUAGUUUACUCGAGCGCCAGUUAUAUGAUUUCCUUAUCAUCCAUUUAGGAAGUUCAGUUGUGAAACCUCUCUGUUUCUUUGUCCCCCCUCUUCAUAGCGGUAACCUGCCCAGACGAUCAUGAACACCACUGGCUGAGUUUCCACAUCAUUCUUGUUGGAGUUUGUGUGGGCGUCGUCCUUGUCCUCCUCACUUACAUCUGCAUCCGUGUCGGCACCCUGGCCUCCUCCUCGUCACCCCUCGCUCCGUAA